AUGAGUGCAGUCACAUCCUUCGGCCCUGAGCUCCAUAUCCUCCUCAGUUUACUGGUAGGUAAACAUUAUUUUAGAUCUUGUUAUGGGUCGCUGAGGAUAAUUGCAAAAGCAGAAGGUUUAUUGCGGCCGAGCCACACAACGUGCAUCCGUAAUACGGAUAAUGCACCAGUGACAAACUUUAUCCAGGUUGUACAAGCUGCUUUGCAGAUGGAAAGGUGAAACAGAAGCCACUAUGAGAAUGACAGCAGUAAAAAUGAUUUAUGGGUACGAGCCAGCUGAAACCCUGAUAAGUCUCACUGGCUGCAAUAAGAGUUAAGCAUUCAACAAAUUCUCUCCAUCUGAAGUCAAUGGGCCUGGAGGGGUAAGGGAGGGACGUAAUUUUUGUUGGCUUGCAGUACAGGUGAUAGUAAAGAAGGGCUUUCUUACAUUAAAAAGGUUGCUUAAUAGAUAGAAUAAAAAAUAAUAGUCAAUUUAAAAAAUGAAACAGCAAUAAGCUAAUAAAUCGUGAACAAACCCAAAGUAUCUCUAGGUCUGUUUGUAUGGGGGGGGUGAUAGUGGCAGUGACAGUCUCAAUUGAUAACAGAAAACUGUUACCCAUAUAUAAUUUGCGUCCUUCCAUUGAAGUGAAGAUAUUGCAAUGUAAGAAUCUCUUUUAUUCGUGUGUGUGUGUGUGUGUGUGUGUGUAAUAUAAAGUACAAAAUUACAAGUGCACAGAGUAAAAUAGGACACACACAAAAGAAGAAGCAACAAGCAAUAGUACCCAUGUAGAAAGCAAAGCAGAAUUAAAAAGGGGGGUAUUGUAGUUAACCAGACCUUAUCCUAGGGCUGCCAUAUCCUGGAUUUGUGUGCUGAAAAUAGCAUCCUGAGAAUCGGUUAAAAUGUCUGUGGAAACCCAGGCAUAUGGCAAGUAUGGCAUUGUUGUUGCGAAUUACCUUAAAAACAAAAAAGCUCAAAAACUUUUUUGGGGGGGAGAUUUUGCACACACACACACACACACACACACACAGCUUUUGUCUGGAUUUUCCUUUCUGAAAUAUGGCAGCCGUACUUAACCUAAUAUGGUGUUUCUAAAAAUGAAUUCCAAAUAUCAUUAAAUUUGUCCAUGGGAAGUCUACAGUUGAAGACAACUUGUUGAUGUGAAGUGAGUUUGUACAUAUCUUCAAGGUUUCUUAUUCUUUGCAUAUCUUCUUCUGCAUUUUCACAACUUCAUUUCCUCCCCUCACAUUAGAGAAUCCUCUAAUAAUGUCCCCUUCUACUUUUGAUGCUCUUCUGCAGCAUAUAAAUGCUCAUGUCUGAAGAGAGGAACAGAUCCUGGGAGUCUACCAUUCUUAAUAUUCAGACAUAUUUGUAGAACAACCUUACGCUGUGUGAAAUGGAGGUGGCGUUUAAUUAAGGGCAAAGGCAGAAAAACCCAUAGCCUAUUUACAGAAAAGGCAGCUGUAUUGUGUGACAGAUGAGAAAAAUACAAGUUUAACAAUGGUGGGAUGAGCAAAGAGCUCUUUUCAUGAAAAAAUGAUCAGGGAAUCCCUUUGGCUGAAAUUCUGUUAAUAUUUGUUGCAAUUGGUUCAUUCAUCGACAUGACGAACUCAAGGCAGUUAAUACCAGUGUUAUGCAUUCAAGGGCCAUGUUGAUAUCUUUGCACAGAGGUCCAUAGGGUGUCAGGGACUAGCAAGACUCCGAAGAGGGUGGGAUGGAGGCAGGGGACCAGGGGAGCAACCCAAGAGACCAGUGAUUUAUGGGGUUUCGUGCCACCCACAAAGCAAAUCAGUCUCUUAAGAUUAAACCAAGAAAGAGUACAGUGGUACCUCGGGUUACAUACGCUUCAGGUUACAUACUCCACUAACCCAGAAAUAGUACCUCGGGUUAAGAACUUUACUUCAGGAUGAGAACAGAAAUUGUGCUCCGAAGGCGUGGCAGCAGCAGGAGGCCCCAUUAGCUAAAGUGGUGCUUCAGGUUAAGAACGGACCUCCGGAACGAAUUAAGUACUUAACCCGAGGUACCACUGUACCACUGUACCACUGACCUCUAUAAGACUGAAUAUCAAUAUACGUAUCAAGACUUUGAGAUUAGACCAUUGAAGAAGCCCGGAAAACUAUCUUGGGAGUGUGCUACCUGCAAGCCCCAGUUAAAGGGCCUCAUCGGGGGCGAACAGCAACCUUUUGAUUACUUGGACUGCCAGGGCAAAACAGGUGCAAAACGCCGGCACCCUGUCUAUUAACAUCGAUCUACAACUCUUCUAUCAUCUCUUGGUAUUGUGAAUAUCACCGAACUUACCUUUGGUUGGUACCUUCAUGAACUUAUCUAAAAGACUGAGUGAAGCAUUUGAAAAAUCUAUUGAAACCAGACAUUAUAAGUUCAUUUUAGGCUGGGUAGUUUGCAAGUCUUUGUGGCUUUGUUUAAUGUUUUGUAUUUUUCUCAGAAGGUUGAUAAAGUAUGUAUAAUUAUUGUUCUGUGUAUAUUAAUAAAAAACGUGUUGCAUGAGUUACACUACCCACAAAGCAGGAGCCAGGGCAGUGAGAGGAGGAAGAGUCAGGGGAGUCCAGGACGGAAGAGAGGCACACAGGAUGUGGCAGAUGAAGAAGAAGCUGUGUGGGCGACAGACGAGUCAGUAGACUCUCCACCUUCCCCUGCUCUGCUGUCUCCUAGAAUUAGUAGGGGCUUGAAGCGGGAAGUGCAGUGAUGAUCUCUGUGCAGGAGAGGUUGCAAGCAUGCAACUCACCAGGGGAGGUUAUAGAAGCUUGCAAUGAGGUCUCACUGUUGCUGCAACUACUUUGCAGGGUGCAAAUCCGAGGGGAACAGCUGCCAAGUGGCUAGAUGCGUGUGCAUCCAGAACACCAUGGGAGUUGCUGUACACACUUCUUUGGUCCAUAAAGACUUAACUCUCAGAUGCGUGUCUUCCUUAGCUGGGGAGGUCCAGGGCACAGAGUAUGCAUGGGUGCUUAAGACACUCUGGGUGCUGAUCUGGUCUUGCCUGUCAGGCUUCAUGGACUCAGCUCCACACACACACACACAGCUGGCAGUAGAUAAACAGAACAAAGCGAAGGAGUCACUUACCAGUUAGAGAUUUUAAUGAUCACAGCGAGAGAACAAAGAAUCUCUUUCCUAGGAAUGGCGGUGCUCCCAAUUAAGGGUUCCACCCACUUCCUACCUAAUCACUCAUGUCACUACCGCAUCUUGUAACCUUGUCCUGUAACCACUGUGCUUUCUGUGCUGCCACCUUAUCAGCUCUUCUUGACCUUGGGCUGAGUGGGUGAAUGCUUUCCAGAGACAGUGAAUUUGUUUUUGGUUUUUUUCCAUUUUUUUAAAUUGAUUUUCCACAUUUAUCACAAAAACAAACAUAACAAAACACACAAUAAGGAAAAACACAUCACACUACAAUAAACUAAACACACAAAAAAUUCUUUCUUCAAAUACCUAAUUCUCAUUACAUUGAUAACUGACUUCCUCAAAUCCCCUCUAACUGAAUUUCAUUAUGUCACUUGUAUAACAGUUCUCCAAAUUCAUAUUUCUAAUAAUAUUGACUCCUUUCAUUUACUAGCCUCUUCCCCUUUAUUAAUAUUUUAAUCCUUAAUAUUUACUCUAACAUCUUCUUAUUCUACCCGUAAGCCUAUUUAUUAGUUCCAAGAAUUUUAUAUUUAUCUUAUAUCACAAUAUUUAGCUAAAUAUUCUUUAAAUUUCUUCCAGUCCUCUUGUAUCUUCUCCUCUUUCUGGUCACGGAUUCUUCCAGUCAGGUCGGCCAGCUCCAAAAAGUCCAACAUCUUCAUCUGCCAUUCUUCUAUUGUUGGUAUUUCUUGCAAUUUCCAGUUUUUGGUUAAUAAAAGUCUUGCCGCUGUAGUGGCAUACAAAAACAGUCUAACAUCCUUUUUGGGCAGUUCCAAUCCUAGAGACAGUGAAUUUGUUAACUCUCUCUCUCCCAGUGCAUCUUCUUCUAGCUGUUCCCCAACCAGUAUUUCCCAAUUUCUGUCUUCUGAACUAUGUCCCUCUGCAAACCACUGUUCCAAAUCUAUACUGUCCCACUGCUCCUGGGAAGAUUCAGGAUCCUGCUUAGAAGCAGGGAAAAGGGAAGUCUCCCACCAUUCCUCCUCAGUGCAGCCCUCCUCAGCACGAUCCCUGACAUUGCCCCACCUCUUGUGCUGGUGGUUCUUCAUCUCUCACAUUCAGCUCAGGGCUGCCCAAAAAAAGUAGAGGAGGAAAACUGUGGAGAGAUUCAUUCAGUAUCCCCCACAGACAACGUCAACAAAAAUAGAUGGAGUCAAAGGAGAAUGGGUUGCUACUGCACUGAGACCAUAUCUCCACAGGAUCUUCUCACAUUCGCAGUUUGGCACUUGGGUGUGAACCGAAAAUAAGGGCAUCAUCAACAGCAGCAGAAACUUUGUUGUUGUAAAAAUCACAUUGUGUGUUUUGUCUGCCUUUCUCCUGUGUGAAGUAUUUGCCCACUAUUCACCCCAUGGUUCUCUCCCUGUCUACCUUGUUGCUACCAGGGAAUUAGCCUGGCUUGUACCUGAAGACCACGUAGCUUGUGGAGAUAAGUUGAGCUGAAUGGUGGAGACCACCUCCCCAUCCUGACCCUUCCAGGAAGGAGGAAGAGGAAGACAGUAUAGAUUUACAACAGGGGUUUGAAGAAGGUCACAGCUCAGAGGCAGAUGAGGGGGAAAGUUGGGAAAUCAUCAGAAAGCCAGAACAACACCUGGCUGACACAUUGUCAUUAGAAAGCAUUCCAGACCCACCAUCUCCCAGAACCCAGCGAGCCUUAAAAGUAGGAGAGCAAAGAGCUCAAAGACAGAGGGCAGGUAGCAGCACCCGUAGAAGAGAUGAUGAGAAUGAUGAAAGAAGAAGUGAGAAAGACAGGGGGUGGAGAUUGACUCGGGACAAUGCCUUUAUCCAAGAGGCUGGGUUCUAUAGCCUCUCUUUGUAAAUAUUGAAAUAAAAAAAGACGGUAAGAAACUUUUCCUUGUCUUUAUACUUUCCUGGGCAACCAGCCAGGAGCCACUGACAGCAUCCUGACGCUGAUUCUCUAAAGACAGCUGAUUAUCUGUGUCUUUAGUGGAUUCAUUUCCCAAAACAGCAAAUAGGAAAUUGAAAGAAGUCCCAUGUCUUUAUGUAUGGCUUUCUGUCUUUUUCUGUGGCAGGUUGUUUUUGUGGAUGGGUGGCAUGAUUUGGAUAACACCGAUUAUGACUGUUGGCCCCUGGAGAAACCAGAUGAGUAUAACAUGCUGGAUUGUGGUGGUGAGUUCACCUCUUGUUUUCGCAGGAUACAGCCUCUUGGUAAUGCAGUAGACUGGAAAGAAAUGGAAGUAAUCAAGAGGAUUCCUAAUGCAUCUCCAAACUUGUACCUGACUGCAAAUCCAUGAGUCAGCAGUAACAUCUAUUUCCAGGCAAUUUAAAUGGAGGAAAGUAACCAGCACGCUCACAAGAACGUCGGGGGGGGGGGGAAUGUUUGCCUGGAGUUCAAGUAUUCCGAGGAAAAUUCAGCCAGGGUGAUCCAAACACAAAGAAAAGAUCUACAGCAGGGGUCUCCAAGUUUCCCUUGCCUCGGGCCGCUGUCUCAAGCAAUGAUCGCAUGGCAGGCCGGAGGGCGGGGGGAGCGCACGCCCGUACACGCAUGCACAUGCUAUUUCCAGUGCACAUCCGGGUCGGAGGAGGCCUGUGCGCAUGCGCACAAGCUAUUUCCGGUGCGCCUCUGACCCGGAAGUGGGUCCCCGCGCCGCGCUGCACCAGUAAGAGCGGGCGGUGGUGGGAGGCAGUGGGGGUCACUGCGGGCUGAAUAAACAAGUCCCUCAGGCCUUAUCCGGCCCCUGGGCCGUAGGUUGGUGACCCCUGAUUUACAGCAUGGUUACGAUCUAUUCAUUAUGUGUAACUAAAUGUACAGGAGCUUGCCUUUUGUCUUGAAGCCAUUGGACAAAAUCAGACCCGCUCCAUGCCAACUCCCAGAAGCCCCAACCAAUACAGCCACUGAUCAGGGAUGAUGGGAGUUUUAGCCAGAAAAUUCUGGAAGACUGUUGGUGCCAUAUCCAAGCUCUGGAACAACAGGUUAAAAAAAUAAUAAUUGCUCCAUCAUCUAUGUGACAGACCUUCAAAUCCUGCUUUAUUAGUUACAUGCACAAAAUAACCUGUUUAGGCCAAUAUCAUUUGCAUAGUGCUGUUGUUUGAUUGGUUUUGGCUGUGAAGUGUUGAGCUGGCUUUUAUCUCUUCAGGCCUGGAGAUGGCUUGGGUUCAGAGACCCCCAGAAAAGGUCAUAAGUGGGGAAUCCUUUGAUGUAAUCUACACAGUCAUUGCUUCCGACAACUUUUACCACUAUUCUGUGGAAAAUGGGAUCCUUUCCCACAGGUGAGUCAUUGAAUGCAAGGUGGUCCUAGCUGUACUCCUCUUCAAGGUUUGAUAAGCAUCGAUAAACCUAUACAGUGGUACCUCGGGUUACAUACGCUUCAGGUUACAGACUCCGCUAACCCAGAAAUAUUACCUCGGGUAAGAACUUUGCUUCAGGAUGAGAACAGAAAUUGUGCUCUGGCAGCGCGGCGGCAGCAGGAGGCCCCAUUAGCUAAGGUGGUGCUUCAGGUUAAGAACAGUUUCAGGUUAAGAACGGACCUCCAGAACGAAUUAAGUACUUAACCCAAGGUACCACUGUACAACAAAACAGCCUUGACACACCUGAAAUUCUUUCAUACAAGUACAGGAAACUCUGGUUGUUGCAGACUAUACCAGAAAACUAUUAACAUCUGCCCUUUUUGUAAAUGCAACCCCCCCCCCCCCGUGAGACAUCUGGGUCACUGGGGGACUCAGUAUGUUUUCAUUAUAGUUCACAUACAUGAGGGGACAAAAGCACACCUUAGAAAAUUUAUCUUCUUGAACUUCACCUCUAGCUGAACUUAAGUACUAGUAAGCUUUUCUGCAAUAUUCUGCCAUAGCAGGUGUUGGAAAGAGAAGCUCCCGUCAGAUUAAUUCUGGAGUUCCCCCUCCCCAAGAUAUAUAAAAACAGAAGUUAUUGAAUUAUUUUUUUCCACCUCCAAAUAAAGGAUUGGGCAAUAUCACAAUCUGGUGUGAAUUAGAUUGGAAUGACAUUUCCCCCCAAAUUUAAUACUUAAAUCACAGUGUUGUUUUUAACUUGAUUAAAAUUGGAGAGAUUCUUCCCUGUUAUGAUCAAAGAUAUAUUGUCUUAAUCUCCUUUCACUGUGAUAGGUAGGCAUCCUUCUUAUCCCUGAAAGAACAUCUGGUUGAUAUUGCUUCCUAGCAUGCUUCUGCCCUCUUUUGGCUAGUAAGUCAGGGCUGAGCCAAGAGACCUGGGGCCGAGGUCUCAGGUAGCCACUGGCUUUCGCACCUCCUGAAUAUUCCACUACGGUUCUCAGCACGAAAUAAUUAAAUCCUAUAGGAAUGUGGAUUUGGAGAGAGGAUAUAUUUUAAAUGGUCUUUAAAUAAUAUGCAGAUUUAUUUAUUUUUUUGCACAGAUUCCCCCAAGAAAUCACAGGAUUGAUGCAGAAACUUUAUGGGUGAAGCUGUGUGAAAGUGACAGAGACCAGAUUUGACUGCUCUUGAUUUGCUUGUCUUUAGGGGGAUUUGGAAAUUAUGGUCUUUCUUACUAUACUAACACCAAGAUGCAGGGCCACCCCAGGACGAUGUGCUGCUUCUGGCAAAAGCAAAAAUGUCUACCACUGUGCCUGGCUGCCUCUGCCUACCUCUGCCUCUGCAGCCUCCCCUGCCACACCUCGUUGCCUGGCCACUUCCUCUUCCACCACCCACUGCCUCCUUUGCAGUGGGCACAAAGGAGGAAAUUUCAGGCGAUGGCAAAGGGUGUGGGCGGGUGUGGAAGAGGCAGCCACAGUGGCGAGUUGUGGCAUGGGAGGCCGCCACCUGAGGUGACCUCCUCCCCUUGCCUCAUGAGUGGGCCGGCCCUACCAAGAUGUCUACAUGUCGAAUCCUCCGGAAAAAACAAUCUCUCAAAGGACCUGUUGAUAGCAUUUUACCAUUGUACUGUUGAGAGUGUAUUAACUUAUGGUCUGUGUGUGUGGUUUGGGAGCUGUGGUUUGGGAGAGAAUAAUUGGGUGCACUCUCCCCAGCUUGGAUCAAAUCUACGCUUCCAGGUGUCAUAAGAAAGCUGCAGAGAUAGCGCAGGAUAGUGCGCACCCUGGAAAUGAUCUCUUUCAGCUUCUGCCUUCUGGAAGGAGGUACAGGGUUAUAAAGACUAGGACUAGCCGCCUGAGAAACAGUUUCUACUCAAAUGCGAUUUUGCUUUUAAACGCAUUGUAAGGAGUCUGUAUGGGAGUAUAUUGUAUUUAAAAAUGGGGUAUCAGAGUUUUUAGGGGGCUAACCAGGUUGGGAUAGCUGAGAUACCAGGCUUGUUGGUUUUUGAAUGUCUUAUUUAGAUUUUUUAAUUUCGUUGUUCUGUAUGGGACAAUGACAGUAAAGAUUAUUGUAUUGUAUCGUAGCAAAAUUGAUUUCAAAGUAAGCUUUGUCUCUGGAAUUUUUUUAUUAUUUUUUUUAAGUGAUGCAACUACUGCCAAAAUGUUCUGUGAGGAACAGGAGUGCCCUCCCAACUGGAAAGAUGCAAAUGGAGAGAACUGCUGUGUCCAUCAUGCGAACAUUCACUCUUGCCCGUUGGCCUUCAUGGUUAGUACAAACGUCAAGGCUUUUGACAUGGCCACAUUCCCUAGCCUGGGGAAACUGAUAGCCAUUAGGUCCUGGGAAACACCAUUUAAUGGAGGCACAGAGCAGGGCUAGAAAUUUGCUCAGUGGUUCUUUCCUUUCCCCUCUGUGGGCUGUGGCCGAGAGGCACCAGGAACAUGCAUCUCUAACAAGGAGAACAUGCCUGACACUGUGUUAUAAAAGUGGGAGCUGUGAGCCAGGAAGCCCCUCAAUUCAAAUCUCAGCUCAGCUAUGGAAGCAGUGAUGACCACCAACUGGGAUGGCUUUAAAAGAGGAUUGGACACAGGGGUGCCAACUUGAAUAAUAAAAAAUGGGGGGGGCAAGGUAAGCCCUGCCCAUAUAAUCAAUCACAAGACACACCAUUUGACUGACAAUGCCCAUCAACUUUGGGGGCAUUGGCCUCCUCAAAUAUUUUAAUCGGGGGGCGCUGAAAGGACAUCAGCCUCUAGGAGUUGGCACCUAUGAUUGGACCUAUUCAUGGCAGGCAAUGCCACCAGUGGUUACUGUCAGGAGUUCAGCCUACACUCGAGUAGGGCCCUGGCAGAGACACAUGCCCGACUGGCAUGUUCCCUCCCUCCUGGUCGAUCGUUCGGGAGCUUCAAAAGCUUUCUUCAUCCCGAACAUCACAGCGACCAAUGCCAACAGACACUGGCACACUUAGGGAUCCGCAGAAUCUUCGCAGCUUGUGUGACAGAACCCCAGCAACUCAGCAUUUUGGCUAAUCUACUUUAUUUACAUAUAAACACACACGGAGCACUGCAACACGGCUCUCUAGCAUCAGACAGCAAAGAGAGAAAGAACAAAGGACAAUAAUCCCAUUUCACGGAACACAGUAACACAAACAUCCUGUCUCCGUCACUUUCCACUCUGUGAAGUCAAAAUAUAUACCGUCAUGUGAAAAACAACAAUCCUAUGACUGCAAUCAUAGAGCAGGAAUUCUAACAGUUACUAACCACAAUGCUAUGUUCUGCCUCCGCUGUCAGGGCAGUGUGCCCCUGAAUACCAGUUUCUGGGAAUCACAGGUGCAGAGAGUGCUGUUGCACUCAUGUCAUGCUUGCGGGUGUCAAGGCUUUGGGAAAGCUAUUCCUCCCCCAGUUGCAGCAAGAGCAGAGAACCAAGGUAGAGUUCUUUUCAUGAGUUUUAUUCAAUCAUAACAGCGAGAGACAAGAGAACGCGACAAGCCCUAACAAUGGCGUCGCUCCAACUGAGUCCCUCCUCCCUCCUUCCUAGCAACAGCAUCUGCUCUUACGGCGGCCACUUGUGAUCAAACGUCUCUGAGUCCUUUGUUCCUGCACUCUUAACGAAUGCCGAGUUCUGGGAGAAGGGGGGUCAGAAAUACUCUCCAGUGACAAUGUGUCAGCUGGCUGCCCUGCUUCUGUCUUCCCCCUCCCCUCCUCCUUCUAACACUGCCCAACUUUUCUGUUCAUCUAUCUCUGAGCUGUGACCUUCCUCAAACUCCUGCUGCAUUCCUCUUCUCUUGCAGCAUCAGGAGAAGGGGAGGGUGACCCCCACCAUUCCUCCUCCAAUCUCACCUUCUUGAGUCCAAUCCCUGGCAGUGGGCUUCGCAAGAGCAUCUUGUUGGCCACUGUGAGAACAGGGUGCUGGACUAGAUAUAGCAGACUCGUCUCAUGUUCUUGUGAUCUUAUGGUUAGCUGAUCUGAGGGAUGCCCCACUACGCUCUCCACGCUAGACUACUCCCUGCAAUAGGGAAAUGGUAAUAUGAGGAUCCACUGCACUCUUCUGAUCCCUGGCUGCUUUGAGCACUUGAAAUGUGCUAUAUAAAUGCAAAGCCCUUUUCCCCGUCUUCUUUAGAAAGAAAAGGGGGAAAGUUAUUCUUUGUGAACAGGCUUUUCUGGCUCUCCCUGCUUUUCGUUCUGAGGAUGGGAAGGUUUUUUGUGAGUUAACCAAAAGGAGACCGUUCUAGCCAUCGGUUAUUAAAGUUUCAUUUUGGUGCAGAUAUUUUAUGCUUCCCUGCUUAGAUGGAACUGAAUAUGAAGGCUAAGAGGAAUGUGGCUUUGUGAUAUGGAACACUCUUAUAUUGAGAUAACUCUGUUCGGCUAAGUAAGAGCUAUUUAUACACCCUGGUGUAUAAAUUGCACGAUUCUUUUCUUUCAUACUUUUACCUUUGCUUGCAGGAGCCAUCUGCAUUUUUGGUAUAACACAAAUGGAGAGAAGUACAUGGGGCUAUCUGACAUUAGCCACCAGAAAUAAGCCAUCCUUCCCCUACCCCCCACCCCCGCUAAAACCUUAAGUCCUUUGUAUUGUAUAUUUUAGCACAAUAUAGUGAACAUAAUCCUUGUUGGUUACAGCUGGCUGGGAAAUGAGAAUCUUUGAAAAUACUUACUCAAAAUAGACUUUGUCCCUGCCCCACACAAAAAUCUGUGGAAGAGCUGUCAGAACAUGUUAAACUUCAAAGAAAAUAAGCUGCAGAGAAUCCUCUGUAAGGGAAGUAUAUGGGCAAAAUUCCCUUCUUAUACGCCUUUUACUGAAGGAAAUAUAGAGGAGCUACCACCGCAAAGAUGGCCAUUUACACAUCACCAAAAAAGAGAACAAAGGGUAACGCAGAUUUGCAUGGAUUUUUCAUCUGCUAAAUUAAUUUGUAGGUGCAGAGGCAAAUUCAGAAAUAAUCACUGCAUGUUAUUUAAAAAUACAAAGCAGCUUAUCGUAUUGAUGAAGAAUGAGACGAGGUGGCCUCUGUAACUGCUUAGUCUGCUGUCCAAGUCCCUGCUCUCUCUUCUUCAGGUUCUUUAUGUUUAAACUAGACUUCAGGGGCAGAUUUAAGGCAGUGCAAGCAGUGUGGUUGCACCAGGUGUACAGCCAAGGAGGACGCCUUCUCAGAGCUCUGUAAACACUUGCCUAGCUUCAGGAAGGAGGCUUGAGGGCUCUGACAGGGUUAUAGAGUUUUUCUGCCUCCUUCCCAAAGCUGGCCAAGUGUUUACUGGGCUUUGGUAGGAGGGCUCUAGGAUUAUGCCAGAGCCUUUCACCUCCUUCCCAAAGCUUGGCUUAAGAUAGAGCCAUGAGAGCUGGGGGGAGGGCAUCAAAUGGCCUUGCACAGGGCAGCAUAUUACCAAGGUCCACCCCGUAGACUUGGAUCAGGCAGCCCUUCAAACAGAGUAGGGGUGGGGAAACUUUGGGCAUCCAGAUGUUUCUGAACUACAACUCCCAUGAUCCCUAGCCAUUGGGGCUGGUGGAAUUGCAGUUCUGCAAGCAAAACAAUCUAAGGCUGUCAACGGAUGACCCAUAGAGAGCUUUCUGGGAGAUAAAAGGGCCUCUCACCAUUGUGCUAAAAUGUCAAUGUCGUGUUUAAAAUGUCAGGGAGGAACAAAAGCUUACCAAAAUUUUAGUUCUGACCGUGACAUUUUAACUUUGCCAUUGAGCCAUUCGGGGGGGGGGGGUGUUGGAUUUUGAAUUUGAAACUUUGAAAUAUUCAUGGGCAAUUUGAAUGGGGAAUUCUAAGAUAACUUGAUUUUGCAACCAUGUGGUCUAACUUCAAUUCAUUAACCUUUAAAGCCCAAAAUGACCUGGGUGUAGGAUAGCUUAUGUAAUAACAACUGUACAGUAGAUCCCUAUUUGCUACCUUUUCCAUAUGAUUUGCUCAUGCUAGGAGACAUUGCCAUGGCUUAUCCAAACUUAGGCUGGCGGUUUUGAGGAGAAGGACUUUCUGUGUAGUGGUACCCACUGUCUAGAACUUUUCCUAAGGGAAGCUUGCUAUGUCUGUUCUCCUUUAUCCUUCCAGAGGCUAGCUGAAGUGUUUUUAUUCUAGAGGGCUAUGGGGCCAGUUGAUGUUUGAUAUUAUUGUACUAUGUUUUAAAUCAGGGAUAGCCAAUAUGGUACCCUCUAGAGAUAUUGAGGACAACAGCUCCCAUCAUCUCUGACCAUUGGCCAUACUGACAGGGGAUGAUGGGAAUUGUAGUCCAAAACACCUGGAGAAUACCCCUUGGCUAUUCCUCUUAUGAAGUAUUAUUAUGUGUUGGUAUGAUGUUUUCGUAUUUUGUAAACAGCUUUUUGCAUUCUGUAAAGUUGAGAUAUACAUCAACUGGCAAUACUAAUCUAAAAUAAUUUAAGCUUUCAAGAGCACUGAAACUCAUGGUCCUGGAGGUUAAGUGAGAUGCAAAAUUGGAAAUCACAGGAAAUUACAAAUAAAAAUGGCAGAUACUUAAAACAUUUCAUCUGACAUGCGAGAAUACUAAAUGUACCCAAAAGGGCUGAAAAAAUGAAGCCUAACUGCAUAAUUCACUUUAAGUUAUCGGGGCAUUAUCCAGAAUUGCACUAAGGCUGAUUAUAUAUUCCCCUUUCUUAAGCACAGAAUGUGACAUUUAAAUUCAUUUCCAACUAAAGUUUGCUGUUACAUGAACCUCUAAAAGACUAUUUACAUGACACUGAAGCUGUAUUGUUUAAUUUAAUCUGCUUGGCAAAAGGGGAAAGGUGGCAUUUGUGGACCAUGGAUCCCAGACGAUGGCCAAAUAUUCACCCACACCAAGUCUACUGCGGGCAAAAUGACACAAAGAAACUGGACUGCCAAGGUAAAUAAGGUUUAAUUCUCCUCACGGACUCUGUUUCACUCUCUUUCGGACUGCUGGGCAAAAGCCUGAAUUAUCUAUUAUUCCCCUUUGCCAGCCUGGUGCCCUCCAGAUAUCUUGGACUACAACUCCUGUGCUGGUUGCAGCUGAUGGGAGUUGUAGUCAAAACCAUCUGGCCUCAGUAGGCCACAGUGGGAAUUUGGCUAGCUUAGCAGCUGCUUGGGACAUUAUGCUCUCUCUUUUUUAAUCAUUGCACCAAGAAGAACUGACCACAUUUAUGUCUCAAGAGCUCCAGACUACCUAUAAGCAGUUGUUGCAUUGAAUGAAUAUUCAUUACACAUAUAGUAGAAAUGGCCAAGUAUCAGCCUAGUAUUGUGAUUAUGGCACAACAUGGGGUUAAAAAACCCCCACCUAAGUUGACUCUGGGUUUGAUGUAGCUAUAUAUUUGUACAAUGGGGAACCUGUAGACUUCCAGAAGUUGUUGGACUCCAAAUCCCAUCAUCUCUAGUUAGCAUGGUCAGUGGUUUGGUAUGAUGGGAUAUGGAGUCCAAAAACAUCUGUAGGGUCACAAAUUCCCCAUCCUCGGUGUACAUCAUGCAGCUAUUAGGGCAGCUUAACUUAAUGUGGGCAGUAGCUUUCUGAAUUAGCGAACUCUUUAAAGUCCUUUCACAGGAAUUAUUAAAAAGCAGAGUGGAAUAGGGCACUGUGAUGUUGCUGCAAAUGUUCAAGAAAAGGGCUCCCCCUUUCACUUAGCUAGAUCCAGGUUCAUUUAGUUAUUCAAUAUUUCUUCACGCAGCAUUCAGAAUACAUGACUCAAGAUGUGGUGAUAGCCUCUAGCUUAAAAGGAAAUUCGACAAAUUCUAAGAGAGUAGGCUAUUAGCUAUGAUAGAUCAAUCGAAUCUACAUAGUGUGUCUGGAAUACUGUGUCCAGUUCUGGGCACUGCAAUUUAGGAAGGAUAUUGAUAAGCUGGUUGUGUGCAGAAGGAGACGAUGAAGGUUCUGGAAACCAAGCCCUAUGAGGAACGUAAGUUGAAGAAGUUUGGUAUGUUUAGCCUGGAAAAGAGAGACUGAGAUGAGAUAUGAUAGCCACCUUCAAAUAUCUAAAGGGGUUGUCACAUGGAGAAUGGUGCAAGCUCUGGAGGGUAGGACUCAAACCAACGGCUUCAAGUUUCCAGAAAGGGGAUUCUGACUAAACAUCAGGAAGGACUGUCUGACAGUAGGAGCUGUUUGACAGCGAACAGUCUCUCUUGAGAGGUGGUGGCCACCCAACCUCUCUUAAAAACCUCCAAGAAAGGAGAGUCAAUGUUUUGAAACAGAGGUUGGAUAGCCAUCUGUAAUGGAUGCUUUAGCUGAGAUCCCUGUAUUGCCAGGGGUUGGACUCGAUAACCCAUAUGGUCCCUUCCAACCCUACGAUUCUUUGAUUCUAUGAGUGAAACGCUAUCCCUGCAAAUAACAAAUGCUGGGGACUAACAGGGAGAAGGUGACCAUCUCCACAACCCUCCUCGGGAGACUGCAGAGGCAUCUGGAUGGCCAAUGGCAAUCUGGACUAGAAUGGUUCUCACUGAUCUCAUUGAGUUGCUGUUCUUCUCUUUCUCUUCCUCCAUCUUGCUUGCCUUGCAGGUAGUCCUGGUGCAUGUGGGCAUGACCUCUCUCAUUGCACACAUCAGGGUUGGGAGAAUGCAGGCUGCUUUGGAAGCCCAAACCAUGGUCCUCCCGGCAGUAGGUAUGCUACAAUACGGUGGAGGUGGUGAGUGAAAGCGUUCAGAGAAUGCUUGCGCUUCUGCUGCUAGGAAGACCGGAGGGACCUGAAGAUUCAUUAGAACUUAAUGUAUCAUUUCCCACAUCACUGGGAAACUUCCUUGUCCUUGCUUGUGCAAAGAAUGACUAUUGUACAAAAGAUUCAUUGUGUCAUGGGCUUGAUCGCCAAUGCCAGAACCAUUGGUUUCAGGCAGCGCAAGUCAUGCUGGAUGUUGGGAUGUCAACUUCCCCUCUUGACUGAAGAGCCUCGGACAUCUGUCAGUAAAGACAUAUUUUGAUAGAAGUCCUGUUUUUAAGGAGGGUAAUAAAGAAUAAUUUAUUAUUUAUACCCCGCCCAUCUGGCUGGGUUUUCCCAGCCACUCUAGGCAGCUCCCAACAGAAUAUUAAAACCACUAUAAAACAUCAAACAUUAAAAAACUUCCCUAAACAGGGCUGCCUUCAGAUGUCUUCUAAAAGUCAGAUAGUUGUUUAUUUCCUUGACAUCUGAUGGGAGGGCGAUCCACAAGGCAGGCGCCACUACAGAGAAGGCCCUCUGCCUAGUUCCCUGUAGCUUCACUUCUCGCAGUGAGGGAACCCCCAGAAGGCCCUUGGAGCUGGACCUCAGAGUCCAGGCUGAACGAUGGGGGUGGAGACGCUCCUUCAGGUAUACUGGGCCAAGGAGGGACCCUCUUCCCUUUGAUCAGGCUCAGCCACAAAGGAAUAUCCUGGUGCCGUGCUAAUGUAUUAUUAAUUCCGAAAUCUCUUUCUCUUUGUGCUCAGUCUGUGGGGAUGACAUCUGUGAGGAUGACGAGGGCUGCUCCACGUGCCCGGCUGACUGUGGUGAAUGCCCGUUGGCAACAGACAUCAGGAUCGCAAUUGCCUUACCAAUAUGUCUGGUCUGCACCGGCUUUAUUCUGACAGUCAUGGUACGCGUUAAGUAGAACUUCACCGUCGCUCAACUGCUCUCCUCCAUGCUUUCCCCCUUUCCUCGUCUGGUCCCUCUUACUUAAUCUUCAUUUUAUAAUGCAACGCAGCAUAAACACAAGUUCUACUUCUUUGCUGCCCUCUUGGGUGUACCUGGAUGAGAAGCAGCCAUCGCUGGCUCUGCCUCACAGGGCGAGACGCAUUCCAAAAUAGGCAGUUGUUACCUCUUGAGUGUACCUCCUAGGAGAUUGUCUGACAGCUGAGGACACUUCCUUCUCUGUUGUGUUUGCAACGCAAACUGUCUCUCUGCUUUGUGAAGUUGCAGAAGGGGACUCGGGAAUGGAUAAUGUUUGCCUCAGAUUCUGUCUGUAGGCAUUUUUUUCUAGCUGGUAGGAGAUAACUGAAGAAAUCUGACUCUCAGUCUUUCAGAUAAACACUAUGGGGGGGGGGAGAAAAAGCAGUAAAUGUUUCUUUUGCCCCCCACUCAAAAUGAUGAUGAUGAUGAUUAUGUGAAGCACCGAUAGUGCAAUAACCUGUCAUGUGAAUUUUACCAGUGUCAGGAAUUCAAGAGAAACCAGUCUAAAUCUCUGCUUAUAGAUUUCUGAAACAUUAAGUAGUAUGUACAACAACAACAACAACAACAACAACAACAACAACAACUUAUUUAUUUACACCCUGCCCAUCUGGCUGGGUUUCCUCAGCCACUCUGGGCAGCUCCCAACAGAAUAUUAAAAACACGAUAAAACACCAAGCAUUAAAAACUUCCCUAAACAGGGCUGCCUUCAGAUGUCAGAUAGUUGUUUAUUUCCUUGACAUCUGAUGUGAGGGCGUUCCACAGGGCGGGUACCACUACCGAGAAGGCCCACUGCCUGGUUCCCUGUAGCUUCACUUACCACAGGGAGGGAACCACCAGAAGUCCCUCGGAGCUGGAACUCAGUGUCUGGGCUAAACGAUAUGGGUGGAGACGCUCCUUCAGGUAUCCUUCAGGUAUCCUUCAAGCUGUUAAGGACCGCCUCUCCCCAUGUAAACUGUCAUAGACUCUGCCUUCAUGAUCUGAGGCCCUUAUUUGUGUGCCUCCUUCAUGUGAGGUCCAGAGGGUGUCAACAUGAGAAUGGGCCUUUUCUGUGGUGGCCCCCCUUUUUCUGAAUUCUCUCCCCAGGGAGAUUCACCUGCGCCUUCAUUACACAUCUUUAGUUGCCAGGUGAAAACAUUCCUCUUCAACCAGGUCUUGGGCUGAUUAAUAUUGUACAGCCUUUUAAAUGCCUCUGUGGGAAAGUGUGUGGGGGGGGGAUAUUGUUUUGCUGUUUUCAUGCUUUUAUCCUGUAUUUUAUUCUGUGAACCGCCCUAAGAUCUUAUGAUGAAGAUCUUAUGAUGAAGAGCCUAGGCAUGAAUUUGCCCUGUCAUGCUUUCUUUAGUGGUUCCAGUACCAAAAGCAAAAAAUGUUUUGGGAUGAAAGCUGGAUCAUAGACUUCAGCUGCAUCAAACAAGGUCUGUAAGUAUUAGUAUCAUUAGCAACAUCAUUAUCAUCUCAUGGAAAUGACUCAAAGCAACUUAAACACACACAGCAGAAAUACUAAAGCCAAUUACAAUAAAUACCGUAUUUUUCCGUGUAUUAGACAAGGUUUUUUGACUCAAAAAUCAUGUCAAAAAACUGGGGUCGUCCUAUACAUGAAUAGUGGGUGAGGGGAAAGUGGCACACAACUCCCCCACAUGCCGCUGUGGAAGGCGUGCGCUCUAGGAAGCUCAACAACUUUGGGCCAUCUCCCCUAAUUUUCUUUAAAUUUAUCCCCCCCCCCGAAAAAAAAUAGUCUUAUACAUGGAGGCAUCUUUUACGCGGAAAAAUAUGGCACUGUGAAUAAAAACCUAAUGGUUUCUUGUAUUAAUCAGACUAGAAAAGAAUAGGAAAGAUCUUUACACAUCAGAUCAAUACUUUCUGCACUAAGAAAUGCAAACCGAAAUGGAAUGUGUAAAAUUUAACCAUAUACAGUGGUACCUUGGGUUACAUAUGCUUCAGGUUACAGACUCCACUAACCCAGAAAUAGUAAGAAUUGGAUUAAGAACUUUGCUUCAGGAUGAGAACAGAAAUCGUUCUCUGGUGGCAUGGUGGCAGCAGGAGGCCCUAUUAGCUAAAGUGGUACUUCAGGUUAAGAACAGUUUCAGGUUAAGAACGGACCUCCAGAAUGAAUUAAGUUCUUAACCCGAGGUACCACUGUACUGUAAGAAAAUUACAUAAGGAAAAGCCCUGUGAGAUCAGACAAAGGGCCCAUUCCCUCACACAGGGCACAGGGGCAAGGGGGCCUUGCCUCCUUCCCAAGCCUAGUAAGCGCUAGGCUUUGGGAAGAAGGUGUGAGGGAUCUGACAGGUCCUAAAGCCCUCCUUCCUCCUUCCCAAAGCCUUGUUAGCACUUGCCCAGCUUUGGGAAGGAGGCAGGUGGGCUCUAGGAACCUGCCAGAGCCUAAGGCCUCUUUCCCAAAGCCUGGUGUCUCCCUUACCCGGUUUUGGGAAGGUGGCUUUUAUUGAAGUGAGGGUAGCGAAAUCUCAUCUAAGAAGCUCAAAUCAUAUAUAUGACUGGCACCCUUCUUUGGAAAUUAAACCAAUGUCCACACUUCAACUUUACUUGCAGUAACUUAUAGACGAAUUAAAACAUAAUAUUUACAGUCACAUGCUUCUCCAAGCAUGGGCUUACAGUCUCUUCUUUUAACUUCCAAACAACUGUAUUUUCCUCCCUUUUCAGAACUCAGCACUCAGCCAUCUUCAUCUCAGUUAGGCCAUGCCUUGCAGCUCCUAUGGGAGAUUUCCACUUUUACCUUCUCCUCCAUCUUUGCUCUCUUUCCUUCAAGCAGAGAAGAAGCACUCCAUUCAACUUAGCAGUGUUCACAGUGGAUUCUAUAACAAAUUCAUCUUGCAUCCCAUAAAAUGGAGUUUCUCUUUCACUAGAUACCUCCCAUGUGACCAACGCUAGCCAAUCACAUGAGAACUACUUCAGAACUCUCUAGAAUUCAGUUACCAACCAAUCAAAUUUAAAUACAUAGUAAAGCAUGGAAGCAUUUACAAUUUCGGUGAAUUAAAUUACUAUACUUAACAGCUUUGGGCUGUGGGGAGCAUCAAAUAUUACCAAGGUCUGCCCCUGUUUGGAUGGCUUUCAGUUAUCACCUGCUCCUAAGCCUCUGCAGGAGAAGGAAUUUCAGCAGCUGCUAGUUUAUUAAGCCAGAAGUGGCAUUCGAUACCAUCUGGGAAGCCCUCUGAAACCAACUAUGUAGCCUGCCUUGCUUAAGCUGAUGGAUGGAGGGGAAUGUCAACUUUAAACAUAAUAUAUCAUUUUGAGUAUGAGUACUUCAUACAAGAGUUUAUGGUUUUAAUGUAAUAUAUUAACAGCACUUUCCGUUCGUGAUUUGAUUCCUCUUUUUUCAAUUAUUUGUGGAUUUGUUUUUUGGUUUUGAUGAGACUUUGCUGCCCUCCACACAUCAGAGACCCAGCUAACGAACUUGUUCUGUUGAAAGCUAACAAGACCAGACAAAACUAUUAGUGCUACUGUCAGCAUGGAUCUAGCAAAAGAAAACACCCCAAAUUGGGAGGCAUAAAUUUAGCAUUCAGAAAGGAUAAACAGGCAAAAGAGAUGAUAACACUGUUAAUUAAAAUAUCUGGAAACGUAGACAUAAAUAUGCAAAUCUGACAGGGAAGCAGUAGCGACGGACAGAGCUGUGCAGAAAGACGAAAAGAUGAAACAGUAAAGAAAUUAGGAAGCUAAUCUUGGCUUUUAUAUAAAAAAAAAAAAUUAUGCAAAGCCAAGUGUUUCAUCAUUAUGUUGAGUCUGAAAAGUGUGUGUGUCGAAUAACCCAGAUGGCUGCAAUAAAAUAAAUUCUGAUACCUUAUCUUCACUGUAUUAAAAGUAUGACAGCCAAAUGAUUCAGAAUGUUAACUGUGUAUGUAAGCCAACCUUUUAAAAGUUUCAGAAAGCUAUGCAAACCCUUCUAUACGAUGGGGCAGCUCACCAUCAAUCUUCGGCACACUGCUAGCAGUGAAAAAACAUUCAAAUGGUACCCUUCCUUGGCGAUCACUCGUAGCCGAGUAAGAUUGUCUUCCAUAAUCACAGUCUCAAACGUGAGUCCGUAAGUGACUGUGGAGGCCAAUUCUGGAUCCACAUGGUGCGGGUUUCCCAAGCGUGUCUUCCUCUUAGUGCGUUUCUCCCUUGCGUCCUGAGUUCGAGCGUAUUCAAAGCCCACGACACCUUUGGUAAAGGCUGUUCUCCAAUUGGAGCACUCGCAGGCCAGAAUUUCCCAGCAGUCAGUGUUUAUGCUACAGUUUUUAAGAUUUGCCUUGAGAGUAUCUUUAAACCUCUUUUGUUGUCCACUGGCAUUACACUUUCCAUCCUUAAGUUGGGAAUAGAGUAGUUGCUUUGGAAGAUGAUAAUCAGACAUCCAAACAACAUGACCAGUCCAAUAAAGUUGAUGUUGAAGAACCAUUGCUUCGACACUGGUGAUCUUUUUAGAUUUGCCUUGAGAGAGUUUUUGAACCACUUUUGUUGACCUCUCCUCAAAUGGUACUAGAAAGGUACCAGCAGAGCAAACAAUUUGCAGAUUUAAUCCUGGGUUCAUAAUAAUGUUCAAGUAUUCUUGCCAAUGUGCAUUCAACCAACCUAAAUCUAAUUUCCUGUUUCAUCAGAAUACAUGGCAAGGACUGCAAUGGGGAGCACCUUGAGUGUGCCACUUCGACCCAGCGCCUCCAAUACCAGCUGCCUCACGACACUGAGCUCCUGUACAGCAGCUGCCAACGCUUCCAAGAUGAACUAUUUUACGCAGACGGGGAUCUAGUAGGUGUAUUUUGCAGUCCUUUCACUCUAUUCUGUUACUGCCACAUGGAAAGCUGUUUAUGCUGAGUCAAGCCUACGCUCUGUUGAGCUCCAUAAUGAGGCUGCUGUGUCAGACCAAAGGCCUGCCCAGUUCAGCUUCCUGUUUCCCACAGAGCCGGGCAAUUGCUGUCAUGAAAAGUUCAUAAUUUCUCCCUGGUGUCAAUGGGAGAUCUCCUCCCAAUGCAAAUAAUGCUUCCAGCAAUAGGAUUUUCCUCAGGGGAGGAAAGCAUCAAAUUCUCCCCGCUGCAGUGACUCUAAUAAUUUUUGUUCCCCCACAGCUGCUGCUAUUUGUAUAUUAAAUACAAAGGCACAUGUUGUCCCACAUGGUUUGGCCAGCCGCUGUUAAGCUCACUAAUGACUCAACUACAUUAGUAAAAAAACAGUGUUUUGAAUGCAUUAUAAACAUACAACACCAGAUGGCACUGGAGAGUAAAAAAAAAUUCUAUGUGAUUUUCCAUAGCGUUUUUUCCCCCUUUUGUUAUAACGAUUUAAUUUCUAACUUACUUAUAGUGGGUUUUUUUUCUGUGUGUCGAUCCACCCUAGGUGAACUAUGGCUUGUUACCACCUCUCAGCCUACCUCUUGUGAGGAUAAAAGAGAAAAGGAGAAGAACAAUGUAUUGUGGGGUUUUUUGCACCACAGAUAAUAUAACUGUAAUAGAUAAAUAUACGGAGGGGUUGUGGUUUUUUUAUUUACGUCUGGUUGCUAAACAACUGUCUUUGCCUUCUUCCAGUGAUGGUAGAACAGUGGCCAUCAAGAAAAUAAUGAACAAGACGUUUACUCUCACCAGGACCAUCCGUAAAGAAGUCAAACAAGUAAGGUAAGCUACUUUUAAAAGUGUUAUGGGUGCCUUUAUAGAUAUGCACACAAGUGUGUGCUCCUUAAAUUUGAAUUCACUAUCCACUUGUUUCAAAAAGUGAACUGGGACCUAUAUUGCCUUUACUGGCAUGUUUAAAUGUGUGUUUCAGGAUCAACUAGACAACCUGUCCUAUGAUAUAUUGUAUGUGCUGAAGGUAUGCUAAGAAGUCCUUCCCACAUCCCUUCUUGUUUCGAAGCCAGCAGCAGUCUCUGAAUGGCUGAGAGAAACAGGGGUGGACCUUGGUAAUAUGCUGCCCCGUUGAGGUCAUUUGAUGCCCUUCCCCCAGCCCUCGCAGCACCAACUUAAUCUGAGUUUGAGGAAUUUAUUUCCCCAGCUACUCUGGGUGCCUCCCAACAGAAUAUUAAAAACAUGAUAAAACAUCAAACAUUUAAAAUCUUCCCUAAACAGGGCUGCCUUCAGACGUCUUCUAAAAGUCAGAUAGUUGUUUAUUUCCUUGGCAUCUGAUGGGAGGGCCUUCCACAGGGCAGGUGCUGCUACCGAGAAGGCCCUGUGCCUGGUUCCCAAGUAGCUUCACUUCUCGCAGUGAGGGAACCGCCAGAAGGCCCUCGGUGCUAGACCUCCAUGUCUGGGCUGAACAAUGGGGGUGGAGACGCUCCUUCAGGUAUAGAAAUGUGGGCCUUUUUUAUGGAGCGGGGUGCGGGGGAGAGACGAAAAUAAAUACUGAAAUUCUCAGGAAAUGAACCCAUGUGACAGAAGCCAAGAGUCCAUGGCGUGAUCUUGAGCCACGUGGUCAAAUAAGAGUCCCUCCUAAUAAAUGAGAAAAAGUAAAGACUUCACUACCAGUGGAACCUCCCACAAUCGGUUUCCCAUUUUGGCUCAACUCUUUUUGUCUCCAUCUCUAUCUCCCUCACUCCUCACAUAUCCCAUUCCUCUCUCUGCUGCUUAGUCACAACUGAUCAGAAGUUCUGUGGGCUCUCUAAUGAUCCAGGAGUGGCCAACAUGGUUCUCUCUUGAUGAUGUUAGACUACAACUCCUAUCAUCCAUUACUGUCAGCUACGUUGGCUGGCGUUGAUGGAAGCUGCAGUCCAGAAGCUUCUGGGGAACCUCACAUUGGCUACACCUGUGCACCAGUGCUUUUUUAAAAAAAAUGUUUAGGGGUACUCUCAUUUUCCUACUCAUAUUGAAAUACUGCCCCUCAAUGGGGCCAUACUUACCGUAUUUUUCGCUCCAUAAGACGCACUUUUUCCCUCCUAAAAAGUAAGGGGAAAUGUCUGUGCAUCUUAUGGAGCAAAUGUGUUGUCCCUGGCAGUGGCGGAGCUGAGGACUUUGGUUACCGGAGCGUCGGGGGUGUGGCACAUCGCCCGUGUGAGCAUCCUAAUGGCGGCACCCGCGCGAGGGGGUGGAUGAGGCGAGGCGGGGGAAGAGGGCUUUAGAACACUCUUUAGAGUUCCCUCCAUCUGAGGGGCUCUGUGACUUGCAUGAGAGCAGCCAGGAACCAGCUCAGAGGGGGAUCUUUCUCCCUCACACGCUCUGUCAAAUUGAGAUGGGGAGCUUUUUUUUUUGCUUUCCUCCUCUACAAACUAGGUGUGUCUUAUGGUCAGGCGUGUCUUAUGGAGUGAAAAAUAUGGUGGAUUCACAAAAUGUUUAGGGGUAUGUGCACCCCUGCGUCCCCCCAGAAAAAAGCAUUGUGUCCAUCUAUAGCAGAUUUUGGGAGCUACGACGCACACACACAUAUACACACACAAAUUUACAGACCAAUCCUAUGCAUAUCUACUCAAAAGUAAGUCCUGCUGAGUCCAGUGAAACUUACUCCCAGUAAGUGGGUUACAGGCUUACAUAUGGUUUCAUUUUUUUUUAAAUGAUAUUUAUUAAAGUUUCAAAGAAAAAAUUACAUAGAUAAAAAGAAAAGAAAAAGAAAGAAAUAAAAAAGAAAAAAAUACAAAAUACAGAAAAAAGAUAAAAAACACUUAAAAAACACAUCAAUCCUUCCAUGCCUUACAUUUCAUUUCCUUGCUUCCCUGACCUCCUCACACCUCCCUUUUUUGUAUUCCAGUUCUAAUUAGUUAAUUCAGCAAUUCCUUUCCCUCUUUGUUUUUGUCUUAAUCCUUUAACUUAAUAUAUUAUAACUUUGGAUUUUCACCUGUUAACAAUCCAUUUUUACAUACACCUUUAUAACAUUACUGCUAAAACCACUUAACUUCAUUUUGACAUCAUUCUAACGUUCAUUAAUUUUGCAAUAUUUCUGUAAAUAGUCUUUAAAUUUCUUCCAAUCUUCUUCCACCGACUCUUCUCCCUGGUCUCGGAUUCUGCCAGUCAUUUCCGCCAGUUCCAUAUAGUCCAUCACCUUCAUCUGCCAUUCUUCCAGAGUGGGUAAAUCUUGUGUCUUCCAAUACUUUGCAAUAAGUAUUCUUGCUGCUGUUGUGGCAUACAUAAAGAAAGUUCUGUCCUUCUUUAACACCAAUUGGCCGACCAUGCCCAGGAGAAAGGCCUCUGGUUUCCUCAGAAAGGUAUAUUUAAAUACCCUUUUCAUUUCAUUAUAAAUCAUCUCCCAGAAAGCCUUAAUCCUUGGGCACGUCCACCAAAGGUGAAAGAAUGUACCUUCAGUUUCUUUACAUUUCCAACAUUUAUUAUCGGGCAAAUGAUAGAUUUUUGCAAGCUUGACUGGUGUCAUGUACCACCUGUAUAUCAUUUUCAUAAUAUUCUCUCUUAAGGCAUUACAUGCCGUAAACUUCAUACCUGUGGUCCAUAACUGUUCCCAGUCCACCAUCAUUAUGUUAUGUCCAACAUCUUGUGCCCAUUUAAUCAUAGCAGAUUUCACCGUUUCAUCCUGAGUAUUCCAUUUCAACAGCAAGUUAUACAUCCUUGACAAAAUCUUAGUUUUGGGUUCUAACAGUUCUGUUUCCAAUUUUGAUUUUUCCACCUGGAAUCCAAUUUUUUUGUCCAAACUGUAUGCCUCCAUUAUCUGAUAAUAAUGAAGCCAGUCUCGCACUUUGUUUUUUAGUUUCUCAAAACUCUGCAAUUUCAAUUUAUCUCCCUCUUGUUCCAGAAUUUCCCAAUAUUUCGGCCAUUUGGCCUCCAUAUUGAGCUUUUUUCUGAGCUUUCGCUCAUAUGGUUUCAACUCCCAAAGCAACUACUUCACAGUGGCUAUGGAGUUGUUCUGGGGCUCAAGCCCGAGGUCCCUUCUCAAGGAGAGGCUUCUCUUGCAAGGGAAAGUGUCCAAAAUGCAAUGUUGUGUUCUUAGAAAGUAUAUGGCCCAACCUAAUUCCUGCCUGCUUGUCACAGAGAACUGGACCACCCAAACCUCUGCAAAUUCAUUGGAGGCUGUAUUGAAGCGCCAAAUAUUGCCAUAAUCACGGAAUACUGUCCUAAAGGAAGUUUGACUGAUGUGCUGCUCAAUGAAGACAUCCCUUUAAACUGGGGCUUCAGGUGAGAGAAAGGUGACAAAGGUAGAAGUCAAUGCUGGCAUUUUCCUCACAGUUACUGCUUGGGAUGAGGGAAAUCUGUCAAUUUUAGUUUCUCGUUCUCUCUCUCUCUCUCUCUCUCUCUCUCUCUCUCUCUAUCCCCUCCAUCUUAAAUUUAGUUCUGCACCUCAGUUUGUUUGUUUGUUUUAAUUCUCAUGGAAGUUCACCCACAUUUUAGUCCAAAUUUAUUCUGAUAUGUGAUUGUUUAUUGUGGAAUCUGCCUUGUAAGGGUUUGCGUUCCUGACACCUCCAAAACUGGUGAGCUCUUUUAAGGAAGCCACCUAAAUUGUGGAGCUUUGUUUAACCAAGGCUGUUGAGCCAAAGUUGUAUGAAGGAGAACUGGGGACACCUCACCCAUCCACUGAAAGGGCCAAAUCCGGCAUGUUCAGAAUACCUGGAGAGGGGCGUGUGCACAAGGGAACAGCACUGAGGAAGAAUCGCCUGCCAUCCUGUUGAUAUAUAUCAGGGGUCAGCAAGGCUUACUGGGCAUGGGCUGGAUCACUCCCAAGGAGAUCCUCAAUGGGCCGGGCCAGCACAGCGCGACAGCAGCAAUCACAUAUGUGCAUGUCUGUGGCGCCGGAAAUUGCUUCUGCGCAUGCCCAGACGCCCAAAAUCAGACCUGUGCAGAAGCGAUUUUCAGCAUCUGGGUAUGUGCAGAAGCGAUUUCCAGUGCCUCGGAAGAGAGUCGGUACCAAAAAAUGCAAACCAUGUCAUACCUCACCCCAAUAUUCUUUCAGCAUCCUGAGCGGCUGGUCUUUAUAGGCUAACAGUAAGAUGGUUUCAUCAGCUUUUGUAGAUUUUUUCCAGAAAAAAGAAUCCAUCAAAGUCCCUGCCUCCCAGGGCAGGUAGAAAUAGGUGAGCAAAACAGGGAGCAGGUCUUGCAGCACUCACAGCAAAAUUUCUUUCUUUCUUUCUUUCUUUCUUUCUUUCUUCCUUCCUUCCUUCCUUCCUUCCUUCCUUCCUUCCUUCCUUCCUUCCUCUCUUUCUCUCUCCAAUUCAAAUCAGUUCUUUAUAUCGCAUGAGGGAAAAGAGAAGCUAUAAUGUAUUACAACAGCAUUUAUAGAAUGAGAGUUUUUUAUAUAUUUUUAGAAUCCAUUAUAUUAAAGUGUUAAUAACAGAAGACAGUAUUUGGCGGGGCAGAGGUUGUCUUGCUGGUGUGAUUUGCAUCAUUCCCUUCAUGGACAAAUUCUCAACAAGAAAAAAAAUGUAGCUGCUAUAUUGAUAUGAGAUAAGAUUAUAUAUAGAUGAAAUAACAACAAAGCCCUCACUGACUUUCAGACUGAUAAGAAGGUAUGUGUAAUCAUUUCACCAGAUGGUGUUUUUGAUAGAAUAUGGGAUUUUAAUUACAGCGAGGCAUCAUUAGGUAGAUAAGAUGCCAGUGUGAUGCUGAGCCUGAAGUGAUCUUUUAAGAGUGACUGACAGAGAGAACCUUACUUUGGGAUCAAAUUGCUGAUUAGAUUUUUUGCGUGUGGGUAGGGCCAUAGGGACGUGGGUGGCGCUGUGGGUUAAACCACAGAGCCUAGGACUUGCCGAUCAGAAGGUUAGCGGUUCGAAUCCCCAUGACGGGGUGAGCUCCCGUUGCUCAGUCCCUGCUCCUGCCAACCUAGCAGUUCGAAAGCACGUCAAAGUGCAAGUAGAUAAAUAGGUACUGCUCUGGCGGGAAGGUAAAUGGCGUUUCCGUGCACUGCUCUGGUUUGCCAGAAGUGGCUUAGUCAUGCUGGCCACAUUACCCAGAAGCUGUACGCUGGCUUCCUUGGCCAAUAAAGCGAGAUGAGCGCCGCAACCCCAGAGUUGGUCACGACUGGACCUAAUGGUCAGGGGUCCCUUUACCUUUAGCUUAGGGCCAUAGCGCAACUUUUUUUCAAAAAAAAAUAACAGCAACUGCUGUGCAUUGUUUAGGGCAGGGGUAGUCAACCUUUUUAUACCUACCGCCCACUAAUGUAUCUUUCUUGAUGGUAAAAUUUCUUUACUGCCCACCAGUGCUUGAUGGAAGGAGGAUUCAGCUUGUGCCGUAGAACCCCCUACCGCCCACCUAGAAUCCUGAAAUGCCCACUAGUGGGUGAUAGGGACCAGGUGGACAACCCCUGGUUUAGGGACUCAAGGCUCCAGCCACAAGUUCCAAGAGGUGCCAUCAGCCAAUGUCUUUUCUUCUCUGCAUCUCAACAGUAAUGUCUAGUGAAAGAAGAUGCAUGGUAUGAUCAUAAGAAAUCACAGAAAUCAUAGAAUUGUAGAAUAGGAAGGGACCCUGAGGACCGUCUAGUCCAGCAGUUCUCAACCUGUGGAUCCCCAGAUGUUGUUGGACCACAACUCGCAUCAUCCCUGAGCUCUGGCCUUGCUAGCUAGGAGUGAUGAGAGUUGUAGUUCAACAACAUCUGGGGACCCGCAAGUUGAGAAAGGCCAAUGAUGCCACCCCCCUUGGUAUUCUCUCACUACUUCUUUGUCUACGGCUUGUGAGGGGCAAAGAACGGCAAAGAAAAUCUUGUGGGGGCUGAUGAGAGUUGGGUUUCUAUUCCUCUCACUGUGCAGAUAUUGUGUAGGAUUGGUUCAUCACAUGUCUGUGUUAUGCAUUCCAGCACCGACUGCUGGAAUCACGGGAGCAGAUGUUUACUGUACUCUGUUUCUGUUUGUUUUUGCUUUCACUUCUGACUUCCCUCCGAGGAAGACCAGAGAGAGGAGACAUGUUUUCUUUUGCUCUGCCUUAUGCUUAACAAAGGGACGCAGGUGGCACUGUGGGUUAAACCACAGAGCCUAGGACUUGCCGAUCGGAAGGUCAGCGGUUCGAAUCCUCGCGACGGGGUGAGCUCCUGUAGCUCAGUCCCUGCUCCUGCCAACCUAGCAGUUCGAAAGCACGUCAAAGUGCAAGUAGAUAAAUGGGUACCACUCCGGCGGGAAGGUAAAUGGCGUUUCUGUGCACUGCUCUGGUUCGCCAGAAGCGGCUUAGUCAUGCUAGCCACAUGACCCGGAAGCUGUACGCCGGCUCCUGCAGCCAAUAAAGCGAGAUGAGCGCCGCAACCCCAGAGUCAGCCACGACUGGACCUAACGGUCAGGGGUCCCUUUACCUUUAUGCUUAAUAAUGUAGCUUAGUGCUUACAACCCAGCCUAGUUCUGACUGCAUUUCAUCUCUGCUGGACUCUGGAUGUGUGCUCAGUGUGUCCAAGGCGUGAGUCACUAUAAAUCGUCAGGGAAGGCUGUCGGAACUCCCUAGAGCUGUUCGCUGAUGGGAGGAACAGGCUGGAAGCGUUCCUGUCGUUUGCCUGGGGGUUGUCCAUGCCCCCAGCUGACCCGAAAGAUCGGUCCCCCACAAAUACUCUAGAUUACUCCUCCAGAUAGCAUUGCACAUGGAACAAUGCAAGCCUAAGUUAUCAGGAGGCAUGUGUAAGGGAUCAUUUUCAAGUACACUUUUCUAGUUUGACACCAUAGAAACGAUCCCUGAAAUGUAAGAAGGGACCGACCUAGUGCAAGCAGGAAGUGAACAAGAAGAGCAAACCGUCUGUGGAUUUGAGGGGGGAUAAUUAUUGAGACACUUUGUGGAAGCCAUACUGGCAGGCCCUAUUGGAUGUGUGAUAGGAAUUUUGAGGUCUUAGAUAUAUGUUAAAUGUUCAUAAGUGUACCAACCAAGCACAUACAUAGAUCAGCACAGGAAGACCGACCUGGAACCAUUUUGAUUCCCAAACUGUCCCAAACUGACCAAAUGUUUUCUCUGCAAGGUCAAAGGAAAAUGGAAAAGCCUCCCCAUUGUCUUUUCCUUCACAAAUCCUGUCUUAAGGGUAUGUCUGUGUUUGAAUAGGGUGUGAGCCUGUGACCUGGCCCAGGAACUAAGUAUUUAUCACUACAAAAGAAUGGCCAGGCACCCCAGGCAAUCCAAUCAAGUAACCUGCCAGACAGGAGAUAAAAAAUGACAGGAGAAAAACAACAUUCAAAUUUCUGUUUUAAGACUGCCUCUUCUGUGAUGUAUGUAUGAUGUUUCUGGGGGUGGUCUUGAUCUACAGGAUGGGAAUUUCAAAAGUCUUUAUAAGGCUUUGCAUGCCAUUUUUCUGGGUCCCUCCUCUCUCCUGCGGGUGAAGGGAGCACCCUGUUGCAACAGAUCAAUAAAGAUCAAGCUUACUAGUUGCUUUGCUUCUCAGUAUUCUCUGGUUGGCCUCUGUUAUUCUCUCCUACCAAUAGGGAACCUAUGUAAGGACUCUAUAUGGGCUCUUGGAUACCCCAUAAGGGAAAAGGGCAAUUUUUGUUUACAACAGAUGCAAGUCAAAACAUCACUGCAAUCUUUGCCCAUUUGUUUCACGGAGCUCUUGAAGUGUAAGUCUAGCCCUAUGGUUUAGUAGGCCAUAUUAACACCGAUUAUUAUCUCCACCACCUUAGGCUUUCUUUCGCCACAGACAUUGCUCAGGGAAUGGCGUAUCUUCACCAGCACAGGAUCUAUCAUGGGCGAUUAAAGUCCACCAACUGUGUCAUUGAUGACCGCUGGGUUUGUAAGAUUUCAGGUAAGCGGAACAGGAACUGUUCUCUCUGUUCUAUGGAAAAGUAUGAGUGGAUAUUGCCUUAUUAUGGGAUAGUGCUGCUGUCGCCAUCCCCACAUCUCCUGAAAAAGACGAAUCUAUGCGACGUUACCUUGCAAAUGUCAAAUGGCUCAACUUAGACCCAUUAGCAACAAACAGCAAUUAGCAACGUGUCUUCAGGGUGGGAUUGUUGUUUUUUAACACAUGUAAUGUUUAUCAUUUAAUAUAGGAGGUUCUCUUUGCUAUUUCUCACAGCCGUAUUGUGAACACUCACUGGAUAACGGUAAAAAACAAAAAAAAACAAAACCCCAAAUGUUUGGCAGAUCAAACUCAAAGGGAGUUGAAGGAACAGACUGGCAGAUACUCUGUGCAUAGAUAAUAAUGUUCAAAGUGCUUCACAUAUAUGAAUAAUCCUUGCAAGACUGCUAUAGGGUAGAUGAUCAGAACUAUUAUCUGUGUAUUGCAGAUGUGGGGGGCUGAUGCAGGGAGACAGUAGCCUGUUUCAACGUCUGCCUACUGAGCUUGUGAUACAGACAGGUUUGGAACCAGGGACUGUCAGGUUUGCCGCUCCUUCUCAUUCAGCCUGAUGCACAGAUUCCAAACACAUCUAUUUACUCCCUAGUGAGUGUGUUUAGGAUUGUAGCUUAGCUACUAUAUUACAGUAGCCCUUGGGCUGUAUGCAGCAUGUCACGUACAUCAUUUUAUUCACCCCUUUAGUCACAUGUACCCUUGGGUAAUUAAUGAGUGGCACUUAAGAAACUAAUUAAUUAAUUAAAAUAUCAUGUCAGGACUUGCUCUGCUCCCCGAGCGAUGCUCCCCAGCUGUUAAGAUCUUCUCAGUAGGAUCUGUCAUAGAUUACACCCUUAGAUAAUAUGCAUUUGUAGGGACGUGGGUGGCACUGGUCUAAAUCACUGAGCUUCUUGGGCUUCCUGAUCAGAAGGUUGGUGGUUCAAAUCCCCACAACGGGGUGAGCUCCCAUUUCUCUGCCCCAGCUCCUGCCAACCUAGCAGUUCGAAAGCACGCCAGUGCAAGUAGAUAAGUAGGUACCGCUGCGGUGGGAUAGUCAAUGGCGUUUCCGUGUGCUUUGGUUUUUGUCGUGGUGCUCCUUGCACCAGAAGUGGUUUAGUCAUUCUGGCCACAUGACCCGGAAAGCUGUCUGUGGACAAAUGCCAGCUCCCUCGGCCUGAAAGCAAGAUGAGCACCACAAUCCCAUAGUCGCUCAUAACUGUCCAGGGGUCCUUUACCUUUUACCUUGUCAUAGAUUAGACCCUUAUAUGUUAUGCAUUCCAAGGGAAUGAGCUAGGGCUUUCCCAGGGAGACUUCCCUGGCUCCAUUCCCGGAGAGACUCAGGCAGGGAGAUGAAUCUCGCCCUGCCUCCCCAUAUCUGGAAUUCAGAUAGCAGCAUCUCCCUGCAGCUUAAUCUAUUUGGGCCCUUGCUUAUGUUUGGAGAAUAGCCCUCCUUUCUCUUAGUCACGGUGACAGCCAAUCAGAUUUAACUAUGUGACACCAGCCCGGAAGGCAGAUCAAGCUAGUUCGGAAUGACAGCAUGUUAGCUGUCCUGGACUGCCCAUUGCAAAGCGAGACAGUCAGAUGUUCAUCCUUACUGAGUGACAGCUGUCGGAUGUGGGAAAGGGCUGGCUGCUACUGACAGAACUCUGAAUGUGAAAUGCUGAUGCUGAAUAUUUAAAAUGUGACUAAUAUUCUGACAUCCAGGGAAUUUGCUCUCGUCCUCAUGUCUGGAAUUUGCUGAGGAGAAUUCAUUUCAGCUCUAAACUGAAUCAGCCCAUUUCCCAACUGAGUGUGUUGAAAUGAACAUCUCCUGUGGCACUCAGUUCAAAAUCAUGCAAAACAACCAGGGGAAAUUUCUGAUCCUUUUUUCCCCCUUCCCCUCCUUUGCUUCUCCUUGUGUCAGAUUAUGGCUUGCAGUUCUAUAGAAAAGAAGAUUAUUUAAUGGAGUCCAAUGUUCCUCAUAAGCACUUCACACAAAUAUAUCUGGCGCCUGAAGCUCACGCCACACCAAACUUUGAACCAACUCCAGUUGCAGAUGUGUACAGGUGAUGAUGAUCAUAAAUGGGUCUCCCCCACUCCCCUUUUUAAUGUAUAAUCGAAGUAAACUGUGUUACUAUAUGACGGAACAAACAUGGGGGGUUGCUUUUGUGUUGCUGGAAUUAUUCGCUGUUUUGCAAAUAAGCUGUGACUACUGUACUCCUGUUUUGGGACGUGGGUGGUGCUGUGGUCUAAACCACUGAGCCUAGGGCUUGCCAAUCAGAAGGUUGGUUGUUCAAAUCCCCACGACGGGGUGAGCUCCCGUUGCUCUGUCCCUGCUCCUGCCCACCUAGCAGUUCGAAAGCAUGUCAAAGUGCAAGUAGAUAAAUAGGCACCACUCCAACGGGAAGGUAAGUGGCGUUUCCAUGCGCUACUCUGGUUUGCCAGAAGUGGCAUAGUCAUGCUGGCCACAUGACCCGGAAGCUGUAUACCGGCUCCCUCGGCCAGUAAAGCGAGAAGAGCACCGCAACCCCAGAAUCGUCCGUGACUGGACCUAACGCUCAGGGGUCCCUCCACCUUUACUGUACUGCUGUAUGACAGAUUAUUCUUUCAUAAUCACACUGAAUGAGAGAAAGAGAAGGGACAAAGCAUUACUUCUGUGCCCCCAUCAGAUCUUCACGAGGCCACCCAGCAGAGCUUUUCCAAGUUUUUGAGGCCUUCUCUAACUCUGUUUCCCCCAGAUGAUGUUACUAAUCAAGUACCAUCAGUCCUAGCCAGUAUGACCAAUACAGCCGUACCUUGGAAGUUGAACGGAAUCUGUUCUGGAAGUCUGUUUGACUUCCAAAACGUUCAGAAACCAAUGCGCGGCUUCUGAUUGGCUGCAGGAAGCCAAUUCCUGAUUGCAGGAAGCUCCUGCAACCAAUCAGAAGCCAUGCCGGACGUUCAGAUUCUGAAAAUUGUUCAAAAACCGGAAUACUCACUUCCGGGUUUCAAUCUUUGGGGAGCCAAUUUGUUCAGGAGCCAAGGUUUUUGAGAUCCUAGGAUUCGACUGUAGUUGAGGGGGUUAGAAAUUGUAAGAUAAGAGCUUACAUCUAAGCCUUCAAGCAUAGUAUCUGAGCUGUUUUUAACUAGCAGUCUUAUGGGUUCUCUGCUUGGUCUGCUUUUAUUAUUCCAUUGAGUCUCCUUCUGUGUUUUUUUAUUGUUCUGUUUUAUUUAUUGUUAAUAUUAUGAAUAGCUAUUCAUCGUCCCAGAAGCAGCAUACUCGUUUUUCAAAGAACUGAACGACGUAGACUGAAGUGGCACAAUCUGGGAUCACUUGGCAGCACGAAUAAUUUGUCCCCAUUAUGGCAGGCAGUUCUUCAACCCUCUGAGGCCAUUUUGGGGAGGAAGAGCUUAAACUUAACAAAAACACCUGCGCUCGGUGUCAUCUGUUGCAUGUUUUGCACCCACAGCCUGAUAUGUGCUUCUUCAGCAUAUCAUCAGACUCGCCUCUUUGGAGGUGUGAAAAUGAGUGUAAUGGAUCAAGUCCUCUAAUGUUUGAUCCUCUUUUAGCAAUGCAUCAAGGUUAAUUCCCAUUUAGCAAGUUUCAAAGGAGUUUCGCAGAUGUUUCAUCUUCUUAGAUAUAAUGUCGCCAGAUACAAAAGAGGACAUGAGCUCCUGUGCCUUUAAAUUGCAUGGCAAACUAAAAACCCCUCUUUUAUGCAUGACUGUUAAAACUGCAGGAGCUCUGUUCUCCUGUAUGGUGAUGACAAUCAUCAGUCUUCUGAUUGUCAGCUGGAGAGUACAUCCACAUUUGUCCUGGGCAAUUUCUGAAGGUUCCUGGAGGCACUUCUAACAUGUGGUACUUUGUUUUACAUUUAUACAGUGGUACCUUGGUUCUCAAAUGCCUUGGUACUCAAACAACUUGGAACCCAAACACUGCAAACCUGAAAGAAAGUGUUCCGGUUUGAGAACUUUUUUCAGGAGCCGAACAUGCUCCGUUUUGAGUGCCACACUUCUGUUUUGAGUGUUACGCUUCCGAUUUGAGUGUUACACUUCCAAUUUGAGUGCCACACUGAGCUCUGUCUGUUUUUGCUAUUUAUUUUGCAUUUUUGUUUUUGCGGCUCUUUUUUGUUUGUUUUUGUGACUGUGUGAAAACCAGUUCAGCUACUGAAGGAUUGAUUGAUUGAUUGAUUGAUUGAUUGUGUGACUGUAGUACAUUGUUUACUGCUUUCAUUUUAUGGAUCAAUGGCCUCGUUAGUUAGUAAAAACCAUGUUAAAUUGCUGUUUUAGGGGUUGUUUUUAAAAGUCUGGAAUGGAUUAAUCCAUUUUGCAUUACUUUUAAUGGGAAAACACGCCUUGGUUUUGGAACGCUUUGGUUUUGGAACGGACUUCCAGAACUGAUUAAGUUUGAGAACCAAGGUACCAAUGUACUGAGGUUAAAGGGAACUUUAUUUCAUUAGCCAUAGGGCAUAACAAUGUUAUUUAUAAGGAAUGGGACCUAUACUUGGUUGAGUUCAUUCAGCGGGAAGAUGGCACACCAUCUGAAGUAGACAGAAGCACCUCACUAUACUAAAUAAUUGGCUUUCAUUUAUCCAUUCCAUUGUGACUUAUUUAAAGAUACUAGCCCCAAUCCACCUGAAAGUUGGCUGUUACUAAAGCUACAACCCUGUGCAUACUUUCAUGGGAGUAAGCCCUACUGAACAGAGUGAAACUUAUUUCUAGGUAGAUAUACAUAUAGUUGUGCCUUAAGUUCCGUUGAAAUUAAGCAAUCGUAAGCCAAAGUAUUGUUGCUUUUAAUGGGGCUUAAUCAUCAUGGCUAAGUUUAGCCAGAUGAGAGCUUUUUCAAAGUUGUCGCCUCUUCUUGGUAGUGGCCCCACAUCUGUGGAAUUAAAUUUUGCUUGAGAUUAGGCAAGCUCCACCUGUCGAUUGUUUGAAUGGGCUCUGAAGGUCAACUGCUUCCACUUUUCAAGACUGAUCUAAACCGAGCUGCAAAACGUUUUAUUCUUAGUUUACUGGGUCUUCAGGUUUAUGCUUGAGGAUUUGUGCUGGUUUUUAAGAUUAUUACGAAUUCCGGGUGUUUUAGAAAUUUUUAGAUAUGUUUUGCAUUGCAUGACGGUUGCUUAAUUUCGUCUUCGCAUGCUGCUUUGUCGAGUUUUUUCUCUUGAAAAUUGGCUCCUGCAUUUACAAACUAAACUAAUCAUUUUGUUUCCAAUGUUCUGCCACUGGUAAUGACUGAUCUCCAAUUUUGCAGCUAUGCCAUCAUUUUAAUCGAAAUAGCAACAAGAAGUGACCCCACCCUGGUAAGAUCUAUGAUGACUGGUACUUGACUGUUCUGCUCCAUUUGGGAAUGAUUUUGUGUGUUUUAAAAUUGUAGUGGUUUUGUUUGUUUUUGUAAUUGUAUACUUUAUUGUUGUAACCUUAUAAAUCUUAGAAAUCAAUAAUUCCAGGGUGUUUGGGGGGAGUUGGGAUUGUGGGAGACUGCUGUUGGGGGAAACAGUCAGAGAUAAGCAGUUAAUUAUUACUGAGCCCUCAGGUUCCCCCCCCCCAAAUGUUAUAUUUUCAUAUAUUUUGUGCAAAAUCUUGCAUAAUUUCCAAAUCAACUUGACUGGUUUUUCGGGUAAUUAAAUAUCUGUUUUUAAAUACUUGAGAAUUAGAGUGUUAUCUUGGUUUUGUUAUGCUGAGAAGGCCAGAAUGUUUGAGUCACACACCCUUGCUUGGGUCAUUUUAGAAUACAGUGGUACCUUGGUUUAUGAACUUAAUCCAUUCCGGAAAUCCAUUCUUAAACCAAAGCAUGCUUUCCCAUAGCAGCAGAGGACUCAAUUUACACUCAACAGGAAGCAGAACAUGUUCUGCUUCCAAGGCAAAGUUCACAAACCAAAACACCUACUUCCGGGUUUGCAGCAUUCUUAAUCCAAGUUGUUCAUAAACUAAGCUGUUCUUAAACCAAGGUACCACUGUACUCACAGAUUAGUGCUUCUCUAUUGACCUGUGAACCUUACCAGCGUACCUUACCACUUACCUUGAAACGAACAGCAUUCAAGUCAAGAGCUGUUGAACGAAUCUUCUUUUGUCUGAACUUGGGGUGUCCUCCUGGAUCCUAUAACAGAACCUCAAACUGUGUUGAAUUUGAGGUGAGGGUUUUUGCAAGAUCGUGAGAAGUGCUAGAACGGGUUGUAGGAAUUCAUUGAAAAGCAGAGUAUAGAUGUCUUUGGGUGGCCUGCUCCCAAGAGACUGCGAUCUCCUCAGAGUUAAAAACUGGCAGUGAUCUAACCCCCUUUUCGGGGGUUUAGGUCAAAGUUGUUGAGCUUUUCUUAGGAAGGAAAGCCCUGUUUUUGGGGGUUCAGGUCAAAGUUGUUGAGCUUCUUUGGGGGAAGCCAGUGAUCUACCGGUGAUCUACCACAGAGUUCCAGUGAUCUACCUGUUGGAUGUGCCUGCCUUAAAGCAACACACACACACACACACACACACACACACACACACACUUUCUUGAACAAAAAGGGGCAAUAUGUGAAAUUUUGCUGUGAAUAAAUGGCACCAAUGACAAAACUGGCGAUUCUAAAAUAUUAUUACUGUUAUCCUUUUAUUUGUUUAAUUUGUAGACUGUCCUUCAUCUGUAGAUCUCAGGGCUGUUCACAGCAUAAAAUGUAUUAUAUAAUAAUAAUAAUUUAUUAUUGUGACACCCAUCAGACUGGCUUGCCCCAAAGCAUGUGAUUUGAAAGCCAAUGUCUGUAGAGCACGCGACUCUUGCUGAUUUCUGUUCUAUGAUUACAAUCUCCUUAAAAAUAAAUAAAUAAAGGCAGUAUUUGUGUUUUCCAGAAAGAUGAUACACAAUCAGAGGAAUAUUCUUUGUGCCCCGCUUUGACAGAAUUAAUAUCAGAAAAAUCUGAGCAUGCCUGUCCCUGCCCUACAGAAUAUGUAGAGGUAAACCAAAUGCUAAUAUACUCCUGUCUUCUUUAUGGUGGAAGUAUUGUUGCAGAAGUGGACUGAAAUUGCGAGCUGGGAACUGCCUUGGCCUGCGGCUUAUCCAUUUAAUACCAGCUUGAUCUGCAGAAACCAGCAGGUGAAGUGUUCUGUGAUGAUGAGAUGAGCACUAUCAUCUGCUACUAUCAGUGGAUCAGGCUGCUGGGAAAAGUACAAGGGGUCUGUGAAAUGUUUGGCAAUUGUAGCAGACACGAUCCACGAUCCAUGUUGCCCUUGAAAGAAAGGGAAGGUUUCUUUUUCGCUUAAAAACAAAACACACAGAUGCAAGAAGGAGAAGAAGAAGUGGGAAGUUUCCAAUUCCUCCUCCAAGACUCUGCAGAACAAUGUGUGGCUUUAAUAUUCCUUAAAAAUAGUAUUAUUCUGACAAACUGAAAUGUCAGCUUGUCUCACAAAAACAGAAUGCAGUAAAUGAUGCUUUUAAUAUGCAGCUACUGGAGUUUUAUGACUUCCUGUGGUUAUAAACUGUCAGAUCCAUGAUCGUAUUUAAUAGUCGUUGUGCUCUAGCUUCUGCAUUUGAAAGGUGGCUGUCAAUGAGCCAAAAUAUGUGUCUGGAGGGGGGAAAGUCUGUCUAGUUUAAAAGAAUUCAAGCGUCACCUUGUCAUUUUAGUUUGUCUGCAUGGGGAAAAACAGAUUCGGGGAAGCCAAGACCACUCCCCCUUCUUCCUUGUUUCUUUCAGAUUACUCUAGAGCAGGGUCUCCAACUUUUAAAGACUUUUUUUAGCUGUUUAAGACCACAAUUCACAUCAUCCCUGACCCCUGGUCCUGCUAGCUAGGAAUGCUGAGAGUUGCAGUCCAAAAACAGCUGGAGACCCAAGUUUGGGGAAUCCUGCUCUAGAGUAACUACUUUGGAAGAUCUAUCUACAUUGUAUCUGUAGAUUUUCUCCUAUAGAGGGCACUACAACUAGCUAAUUGAACUCACGUUUUUCCAAAGUUUGAUGAUUAUUGGCUUGCGGCAACACAGAUGUGGGCUUUUUCUCUGGUGAUGUCAAGGUUGUGGGAUGCCCUCCCUGCUAAAAUAAGAGCGUCACCAUCAGUGUUGGCAUUCUGAAGACAAGCAUUCCCCUGAACUUAACUUCUGAUUCUGUCGUUUUCAUUGUUGCACUUUUGAAUGGUUUGUUUUGCAUGGGCAGGCGGAGUCCCCCCAACCCCAAGCAACCUCUGAGCGGAAUAAUGACUCAAGACAACAUACUAUGGGAUUAAAAUUGGCCACAACUUUAUUAAGUUUCAGAUGUAGGGAGACCUUGGCUCAGGCAUUGGGCAUUUAUCCUUCCCAGUCCCCAGCCGGGGAUCUGGGAGACUUCAGGGUUAUCCAGAAUGUGUGGGGAUUGGGCUGGCUCUGGAGAACAUAUGUUCAAGCAGAGAGCCUGCCCCCCGUUUCGCCGCCGUUGGAGGCAACCUCUUGGCGUAUGGCCAUUGCCUUCCUCCCCCCCAAGACCCCUUUAAUGGGAACCCUGGUAUCACCGCCUCAAGGGGGGCGUGGGUCACAGCUUCACGGCUCCCCCCCCCCAUUUAGGAAGAUAAACUAAAGGAUUCCACCCAAGGCCUGAAACCGCCAAAGUUGUGACAUUUUGCUAUGGGAAAGGCAAAACCUGCCAAUGCUGGAAAAUUCCUUUCCGGCCCUUCAACAGUGACCAUGACGUAGCAGCGCCUGUGUACCUGUGGAGAAGAGGUUAACCUGCAAAAGAAGACUUAACUGAGGGAGGGAAGGGUGGGAGAAGCUCGGGAGCCGACUGACGCUUCGCAGGUAGGAUUCACCUUCUGUUGUGUGGGCAGGGUGGUCCCUCCCCUUACCUGGCCAAUCCCCUGGCAAUGCCCCCCCAGGCGGGAUUGGGCGAUUGGCUGAGGUAGGCGGAGACCUCCAGGUAUCCAGCCUGGGGAGAAUGAAGCCAGCCCAAACUACCAGGAGCCGCACUGGGAUCCGGGGGGCUGCGUGCGACCACGCAAAAUGCGUCCCCCAUUUGAUGUGGGGAGCGGUCAUUACUGUAUAUUUGAAUUAAGGCUGUUUUAAUGUCCCCAUGGACCUGUUGCUGUGCAUUUUAAUUAUGUAUUGAUUUUAUAGCUGCAAGACCACUUGGGAGCCACUUGGACAUACAAGUGGUAUAUAAAUUAAUAAGCAGUAAUAAUACAUUUUGAUAAAGUGUUGAGCCUAUUCUGGCAACUGGCGGUGAUUAAGAGAUGCUGACUGGCGGAGGCCAGAACCUCAUUUGAGCUGGAAGGAGUGACAUAUUAUCCUGUAUCUUUUUCUUUUUCUAAAUUGUAUUUUAUCAAGUUUCCAAAGUUUCACAUAUGCACUUCAAUACGUAGUAAGUUUUUCUUUUCUUUUGUCGACUUCCCACCCCCUGUUAUUUCUUCCCCUCUGCUGAACCCUACUUUCUAUCUCUUAUACCAUAACAACAAUACUAUAAUCUCUAAUUCCUUCUGUUGCUCAUAGUGCAAACCCUGCUUGCGAAUUCAUCAUAGUAUAAUAGUUCUUUAAAUAGUCUGAGAAAGGCUUCCAUUCUUCCAUAAAGCAAUCAUCAUCAGGUUCUCUUAUUUUAACUGUUAGCUUCGCCAGUUCUGCAUUGUCCAUUUUCUUACUUAUCUAUUCAUGUUUGGUGGGAACUUCUUCCUUCCAUUUUUUGUGCAUAAAAAAAUCCUAGCUGCUGCUGUUACAUACAUACAGUGUUUUUUUCUGGGGAUACGCAGGGGUACGCAUACCCCUAAACAUUUUGUGAAUCUAAGUUUGGCCUCAUUAAGGGAAAGUAUUUCAAUAUAAGUAGGAAAAUGCAAGUACCCCUAAACAUAUUUUUUAGAAAAAAGCACUGCAUACAUAAACAGCUUAAACAACUUUUUUGGAACUUCUGUCCCCAUAAUAAUAAUAAUUUAUUAUUUAUACCCCGCCUAUCUGGCUGGGUUUCCCCAGCCACUCUGGGUGGCUUCCAACAAAACACUAAAAUACAAUAACCUAUUAAACAUUAAAAGCUUCCCUAAUAAUAAUCCCUAAGAGAAAAGCUUCAGGAUUGUUUUUGUUUUUUGUUAUAAUCACUUUGAACAUCUUUUUUUAUCUCAUUAUAUAUCAUUUCCCAAAAUACCCAUGCUUUCUUACAUAUGAAAAAAGAUUCAGCUACCUGUUUACAUUUCCAGAAGUCAUUAGAAACCUUCUUAUACAUGUUAGGCAAUUUGCUAGGUGUUAGAUACCAUCUACACAUCAUUUCCAUAUAAUUUUCUUUCAAAAUAAAACAAGCAUUUGCUUUCAUAUCAGCUUUCCAUUUCAGCUUUUCCCGUGCAUCCCCUUCUAUAUUACCGUAUUUUUUGCACCAUAACACUCACUUUUUUCCUCCUAAAAAGUAAGGGGAAAUGCCUGUGCAUGUUAUGGAGGGAAUGCCUAUGGGUGGCAUGCCUACGGAUUUUCCUCCUCUAAAAACUACAUGCGUGUUAUGGUCAGGUGCGUGUUAUAGAGCAAAAAAUACAGUAUGUCCUAAAUCUUCUUUCCUUCUUGCAGCUGAUCAGGAGGUGUAGGAAAAGCAAUCCAGCGCAAAGGCUUACCUUUGAGCAAGUCAGGAAGUUGCUGCAGAAGAUGAACCCAAACAAAGUUAGCCCAGUUGACAUGAUGAUGACUUUGGUAAGAAUCGUUCUUAGUUGGACUUGAAAGGACAACUCUUGGAUGUGCUUGAAGCACAUGAAAACGUUAUUUAGGAAUGCAUAUUCUGUGUCACUUGUUUGAAGACAGUAAGGUGGCAGUAAGGAAAGAGGGCUUAUGGUUUUAUGAAUUAGCAAAGAUUCACACCUGCCAAUACCAAGGCAUAGUUCCUCAUCGUUAUCUCUGUACAACAGACAUUGUGCAGAAGCAUUAUGCUCAUAAAACUAAUGAGGAUGUGAAGGGCGGGUACUUCUUGCAAGGGGGAUCCAAUGGACAGGAAAGAGGUUGCUUAACCAUUUCUACACCCACUGAUACUCCUCUAUAUAUGUUUAGGGGAGUUUUUAAUCUUUGAUGUCUUAUCAUGUUUUUAAUCAUUCUGUUGUGAGCCACCCAGAGUUGCUGGGGAAACCCAGCCAGAUGGGCGGGGUACAAAUAAAUUAUUAUUAUUAUUAUUAUUAUUAUUAUUAUUAUUAUUAAUUCCAGGCUAUUUUAAUAGUUCCCCACUCCAUCCCAGCUUGCCUGUGAACUGGAAGUAAGUCUACCUUUGGCAGACUGGUGGAGGUUGCAUUUGGCUUUCAAUUUGCAAAUGCUCUCAGGCAUCUUUGAAUCGUGACAUUAGGGUAUCUCCAAGUUCGUUCUGUUUUGUUGCUGAUGGCUUGUGGGCCUAGCUAUGCAAGGUUGUCUCACAGGCCUUUGUGCAGAAGUCUGGUAGCAACGUCAGCGGCUGGUAAAUGCAGUGCCCAUUAUCUGACACAGAACGUCUGACGGGGUUGCUUGCGUUGAAUACAUUUUUGUUCUGCCUUCCUAGAUGGAGAAAUACAGCAAACACCUGGAGGUGUUAGUAGCAGAACGGACUCAGGACUUGACACAUGAAAAGCAGAAGACAGACCGCUUGUUGUAUAGUGAGUGAUUCGCACCAAUGGGAAUACAGAUUAUUCUGAUAUAAAGGAAAAGGGACCCCUGACCGUUAGGUCCAGUCGGAGACGACUCUGGGGUUGCGGUGCUCAUCUCGCUUUAUUGGCUGAGGGAGCUGGUGUACAGCUUCCAGGUCAUGUGGCCAGCAUGACUAAGCCGCUUCUGUCAAAGUGCAAGUAGAUAAAUAGGUACCGCUGUGACGAGAAGGUAAACGGCGUUUCUGUGUGCUGCUCUGGUUUCGUCAGAAGUGGCUUAGUCUUACUGGCCACAUGACCCGGAAGCUGUACACCGGCUCCCUCGGCCAGUAAAGCUAGACGAGCACCGCAACCCCAGAGUCGGCCACGACUGGACCUAAUGGUUAGGGGUCCCUUUACCUAGUGUUUCUUGUAUCUCUUAUAUAUUCUAUAUGGAAUUCGAAUUGCAGUGCAACAAAAUACAAUGUAAGGAAUUAAAACAGCAAUAGAAAUAUAAUAGAAAAUCGUACCACACCGAGGGCAGGGAACAACAAUUGCUACACCAGACCGAAAAAUAACAAGUGAUCUGCUAAGACUCUUAGCAUUUUUCAAGUGGUCCCAUUGGGAGAGUGGGGAGAGUUUGGCAACCACCGCUCAAAGCAGUAGAGCAUUUCCCCCCGCCAUGAUUAUUUUCAGAGUGGUCCCAGGGACCUCAGGCUACCCAUUCGACCGCAGUUUUAAAAGCAGAGGAUUUUGAGAAAAGAAUCCCAACAGAUGAGAGUGGAUAGUAUGAAGGAAAAGAUAAAGAUAGAGAGAACCCGAUGAAGUGCACUGUUAAAAAUAAAAAUCUAAAUAAAAUACAUAAGUAAGAGCCAAAGAAAUUCUCAAAGAUAGAAAAGAACCAGGUUGGGGUGGGAAGAGGAAUGAUGUGAAUGUCUGAAUAGGACUUUACAUUUCUGUGUCCUGAAUCAACUGAGAGUUUGGGUAGGUAUCUGCUUACUGUGGGAGAUUUCAUACCAGUGGAAUCAAGCUAAAUUGAGAAGACCAGUUCCAAGAGCCUGAUGUCAAUAUAUAUCUGCUGCUUUCUGGUCAGUGGAUGCAUUUUAUCUUGUCGUUACUGUAAAUGCAUGUAUUGGCCAGGUAUAGGAUUCCACUGUGAAAUCACUUUGUAUUUAUUAAUACAGGUUGAGUUUUAGUGGGUACUUUGCGUUGGUAAUAAUGGCUUUUGUUUGUUAUACAAAACAGGCAUGUUGCCAAAACAGGUAGCUGAUGAUUUAAGACAAGGAAAGGCAUCACAGGCCCAAAGUUACAUAAACUCCACUGUGUUUUUCAGGUAAGUAGGACUGAACCCAGCAGCAAACCACUACUUAGCCUUUGUGUGAAUAGCUUUUUCAGAGACGUCAAGGUGCGGUUGAUACCAUGGCGAGAUACGUUUUUAUUCUUCGUGUCCUUCCACAACUGUCUCUGCAGAUAUAUCGAAGCUGAGUGUUGCGGAAAGGUGAAACUCUUGGGGAGCACAGCCUGCAGCUGUUCUGCAAAAAACAUGUGCAUUUUGGUGUGACUGCCAUGGGUGCUUGUGAAGAGCAGCACACUCCUUCUCCAUCUCUAACGUUUAGCACAUAUCUGAUAUGAUGAUGAUUUAUUUACAUGACCAUAUUCAUGGUGAUGAUUGAUUUGUUCACAUAUGCAUUCCUUGUAGGUCUCUGAAAAUAUUUUUUAAAAAAUAAAUUGUAGAUGCAUUUAGGAAUUAAAUUAACUAGACGUAAAGAUUCAUGUCAUCUCGUCUAAGCAAUGUCAACACUGCAUUGUGUUGUUUGAAUCUAGGAGAAGUGGCUGCAACAAGGAAGUCUUUUGCCCCCUUGGUAGCAAAACUUCCCUUCCCAUUACACGUGUGUUGAUAAAGCUAUUGUUGCCGUAUCAAGAGUUUAGUGCCAUGUUAACUGUGCAGGGAAAGUUGUUCUAAUUAUGCUAGAUAAUAACCUGUACACUGCUUUUUAUGAAAGAAUUUUUGUUCCUCUUUUUUUCUUUCUGCCUUUGAGAGAGUCAUCAUCAUUUAGGAUUUGUCUGAAAUGCUUCAUGCAUUCAGCAAGCGAGCCCAUUAAAAUUCUGCAGAUUAAUGUCUACUGAUUUAUGCUUACAUCUGCUUGUCUGCAGAUGGACAAGAUUUAUACACGACAGGAUGGACAACACAAAGAUUUAUUUGCCCAACAGAUGUAACUCUAACGUAUAGAUAAGAGAUUAUGUACUCCUCUUGUAAAUGAAGUUUGAUUGGUAUCAGAGCAGAUUUUGUGAGGGUACGAGGCAGCUCUUUUGUCCCAAUGAAUAUACUUUAAAGAAAUAUCAAGAUCCUUGCAUGGAUUCCCCUCCCCAUUCAAAGUCCAGUAAAUGAUUUCUGCUUCUACCAUUAAAAUUAAUGGAAAGGUCUUAUUGGCAGGGGCGGCCCAUAUGAAGCCCUUUCAGCUGCAACAGACUGGGGAAACAUAAUUCAAAUAUUUUUUUCACCAGCGCUUUAUAAAGGAAUAUUAUCUUCCACUCCCCCAACUUACUAAAUUUACAUGGUGCAAUUGAAAACUGCAAAAAUAAUUAUUGUAGGGAAUCAGCAGAGUGGAGGAGGUGGAGGAGGAGAGCGCUGCUCAAAUAUGCAGAAUUCAAAAUGUAAUGUGCCAUCAAAAUGUGUCAGCAUCAAAAUGUUUUCCAAAAUCCUUCGACUCACAUUUAAGUCUUGUUCUUCCUUGCCAGUGACAUUGUUGGCUUCACUCAGCUUUCCAGCACCAGCACGCCUUACCAAGUGGUUGACUUCCUAAACAAGCUCUACACCACCUUUGAUGAAAUCAUAGACAAUUACGACGUCUACAAGGUGGAAACUAUUGGAGAUGCCUGUGAGUGCUUCAAAAUAACAUUGUCAUCAUCAAUCUUUAUUACGGUCCAGAGAGCCAACAAAUCGUUACAAAGCAAUACACAAUUCAUACAGCCUACCUCCAGGUUAAGGGACGCGGGUGGCACUGUGGUCUAAACCACAGAGCCUAGGGCUUGCCAAUCAGAAGGUCGGCGGUUCAAAUCCCCGUGACGGGGUGAGCUCCCGUUGCUCGGUCCCUGCUGCUGCCAACCUAGCAGUUCAAAAGCACGUCAAACUGCAAGGAGAUAAAUAGGUACCACUCCAGCGGGAAGGUAAACGGCAUUUCCGUGCGCUGCUCUGGUUCGCCAGAAGCGGCUUAGUCAUGCUGGCCACAUGACCCGGAAGCUGUACACCGGCUCCCUCGGCCAAUAAAGCGAGAUGAGCGCCGCAACCCCAGAGUCGGCCACGACUGGACCUAAUGGUCAGGGGUCCCUUUACCUUUACCUUACCUCCAGGUUAAACAAGCAUUUUGUUCAGAAUAUAGGGAUCAUUGGUUCUUACAACCACCAAUAAAAACUUUGCCACUGCUAAUGUUAUAGCGUUUGUCCGGUCUUCCAAUAGGAACCUGACAUAGUGAGCCUCUGAUUUUCCUGGGAAAGGUACCAGCAAGGGUAAUAUCAGUUCAGCCCUGCCUUGCUCAUAUUUUGCACAGUGCAACAAAAUAUGUUUUAUGGAAUCGGUGUCUUGAGCACACGAGCAAAGUCUGUCCUGGUCGGGAACCCCUCUCAACCUGCCAUCCAACACUGCAGAAGGAAAGACGUUUAGUCUGGCUUUGGUGAAAAGCCUUUGAUAGUUUGGUACUGUCAGGUUUUUAAUGUAAGAUUAAAGACAUGCCCAUAUUGUACUCCUACUGCCAGCGGACUACAGACUGCGUGUGAUCGAGAUCGCAAGUCACUGUGUGCAUUAUCCCAUAAUCUUUGCUUUAACGUCUUUAGGGGGCCUUCAUAACCCAGGUAAUACAGUUGUGGGGAGUGACAGACCAAUAGAGGUGGCUUUUUUAGCCUUGGUUUUCUGCCAUUUGCUGACAAAUUUCUCAUUGGUCAGGUGAUGGUACAAACCCUUCCCUAGAUCAAACACUGAAAUCCUGAGCCAAUGGUUUAGGGCAGCCCACCACGCUUUAGUUGAAAUUGGGCAUUCACCAGCUUCUAACAGAAGUAUGGAGUUGGGGACACAGUUGGGUACCUGCAGCAGAGAUCGUAGAAAUUUUGCCUGGAAGCCAUCUAGCUUUGGCAGGUCCCCAUUAUGCCAGACAUUUGCAGCGUACAGGAGUUGGGAAACGGGUUUUGCGUUGAAAACCCUUAAGGCUGCUGGAACAUAUACAACAUUGUUAGUCCUUCCAGGGUCCUUUUUAUUCUUUCCAUUCCUCACCAAUUUCUUGAAAGGUGAAAGAAGAAAAAAGCAGGCAUCCGAGUAAAUGAAAACGGGCGUUGAACUCGAGCGGCUACAUUUUGCACGCUGGGACAAUAAAAUCACAAGCAAGGGAUAACCUUUGUUGGCUAACUUACUUGUUGUCAGGCUCGGGGAAUUCUAUCCCUCCCCCGGUGUCAGCUCGAAACAGGAAAAAAACGGAGAGCCCUUAGUCUAUGAGUUUAUUUAAAACCUCACAGUGAGAGACAAAGAAAUUCAGUCAGCCUCCCAUAAUGGCGUUGCUCCAACUGAGCUCCUCCCUCUUCCCUUCCUAGCAACAUCACUUCCCCUUAUGGUAGCCGUCAGGGACUAAUUGUCUCUGAGUCCUUUGCUCUUGCACCCUCAAGGAACGCCGAGUUCUAGGAGAAGGGGGGUCAGAAAUACUCUCCAGUGAUAAUGUGUCUGCUGGCUCUGGCUCUCCCCUCCCUUCUUCUAACACUGCCCAACUUUUCUGUUCAUCUAUCUCUGAGCUGUGACCUUCCUCAAACUCCUGCUGCAUUCCUCUUCUCUUGCAGCAUCAGGAGAAGGGGAGGGUGACCCCCACAAUUCCUCCUCCAAUCUCACCUUCUUGAGUCCAAUCCCUGGCAGUGGGCUUCACAAGAGCAUCUAGUUGGCCACUGUGAGAACAGGGUGCUGGACUAGAUAUAGCAGACUCGUCUCAUGUUCUUGUGUUCUUACGGUUAGCUGAUCUGAGGGACGUCCCCACUACGCUCUCCACGCUAGACUACUCCCUGCAAUAAGGAAAUAGUAAUAUGAGGAUCCACUGCACGCUUCUGAUCCCUGGCUGCUUUGAGCACUUGAAAUGUGCUAUAUAAAUGCAAAGCCCUUUUCUCUGUCUUCUUCAGAAUGCAAAGCCCUUUUCUCCGUCUUCUUCUUCUUCUUCUUCUGUUCGUCUGUCUCUGUGCUGUGACCUUCCUCAAACCACUGCUGUAAUUCAUUACUCCUUUCCUCUUCUCUGGGAGUGUCGGGAGAAGGGGGGAAUGAUCUCCACCAUUCCUCCUUUCCUUCAGUCCAGUCCCUGUCACUUGUCCUGUGUAGUAUUAGUGGGCAAAAACAAAAGCUGAAAGCCAGAACAUCCCCAGUCCCCCCCCAAAAAUUUUUAAAAGUUUUUAUUGGAUAUUACAUUUUUAUCACAUUGCCACAUAUCUAAUCAUCAAAAUCAAUGAAAUACAUUUCCCCAAUUCCACCACCCCCCCAACUUCUCUCAAUUUCCUUUUCUGGUUUUUCUCACCGAAAUUAACCCCUGCCUGCUUUCAAAUAUUUUACAUGUUAUCUCCAUAUUGAUAAUUAUUAUCUCUGUUGUUAAUUGUAAAUGUUUACUCAAACCCUGAUGGUGUGUUUAGAUCUUUACAUUGUUUCUGUAAAUACAACAUAAACAGUUCCCAAUCUUUCUUAAAUUAUCUAUUGUCUUUGUCUCUGAGUCUUUCUGUUAGCUUCACCAUUUCUGAAUAUUCCAUCAAUUUUUGUAGCCAUUCUUCCUUUGCUGGUAUUUCUUCACUUUUCCAUCUUUGGGCUAAUAACAUCGUGGCCGCAGUUAUAGCAUACAUAGUUUCUUCUUUUCUCUUGGUAAAUCUUGACCCAUAAUGCCUAAUAAAAAAGUUUCUGGUCUUUUAAUAAAAGUCAAUUUAAACAUUUUCUUAACUUCAUUAUAACUCAUAUCCCAAUACUUCUUAAUCAAUUUGCAGUUCCACCACAUAUGGAAAAAGCUGCCUGUCCUCAGUCCUAAUUUGACCUCAGCCCAAGCUCACCAGGAAAAACAAUGUUUCUUUACAUUUGCCCAUAUCUGCAUAAUAAGAGUUGAUCAUCAUGGCCAACCUUACAGAGAUGCUGUAACACUUGCUGAAGUAAUGUAUGCAGAGUGCUUUGAACAUUUAAUAAAUGUUUAUGGUUAUUUUUCCUACACUAAAAUAUCCCUUCAUGAAUAGGUUUCCCAUAAAUUAUUUCCGGUGCCCCAAGGAAGUUGUCCUGUUAGUGUGUAGACUUGCAAUGGGACAUCUCCCAAAUCUGUUAUGGCUUUCUUCCCAGCCUCCAGAGCAGAUUUGGUGGGUGCAGGGGCAUCUUCGGGGGGGGGGUAGGAGAAGAAGAUGCUGUGCCAAGUUUACUUUCUGCAAGUCCCCUCCCCCACCAUUAAAGAACAAAAACAAGAAAGAUUUGUGGCACCUUAAAAAUGAAACCUUUAUUUUUCAGAAUCUGUGGCAGGAGCUUUUGUAGGUGAGAGCCUACCUCAUCAGGUGCACAAAUUGGAAACCUAGACGGCUUGGUGUAGAGAGAAGUAGAUUUUUCUUUUACAAAUUGAAGCCAAGAGGUCAAGCGAUGCAGAAGAUGUAGGUGUAACUCGGGAAUUUGUAAACAGAACACAAAAUAAUACAGAAUCCAGCCAGGCAAAGACUCUCAUAUAUGAGAGGUCAAUGGCUUGGAUCUAAACAGCCUAGGGAAGAGCAAAAUAGCUGUGAUCACCUCCUUGGGGCUUGGCAUGUUUGCAUUAAGCCAUGGCUUGGCUUAGCAUGGCAUGUACAUAUGGCCCAGUCAUUCCAGUUCAACCAUCUUCAGGUGAGCUGUUGCCGUUUCUUCUUCCAAAGUUCGGACACGAGCGAUGGUAAUAGCGAUAUUGAGCCGAUGCCGACCUCGGUGAAUAUUCCCAUUAAUUUUUUUCCUAGACAUGGUGGUGUCAGGAGUGCCCAGAGAGAAUGGCAUUCGCCACGCCAGCGAGAUUGCGAGUAUGGCUCUGGACCUGGUCUCGGUGUGCAAAACGUUUAGGAUCCCACACAAGCCCAACACCCAGCUAAAGAUUCGAGCAGGGAUCCACUCAGGUAUGAGGGUGCACUGUGCCAGGGAGAAAUGUUGACUCUGCAAAAGUGGGAUGUGGGUAUAAAGGAGAAUUAAAGUAGGUUGCCCUCAUUCAGGACCGGGGAAGGUGUGAAGCUUGCCCUCUUAAGGCUGUGUCCACUCAUAGCCCUUGUUGGUGAUGGCCAGGUUGUGGUGGAGACAGACUAGAAAGAAGUGCAGAACUACAUCCCAUUGUGGGAAAGAGACGGGUUCUCAUGUUGCUUUUUGAAGCGGUAGUUCUGACUCACUUUCUGAGCUAAUCUAAACAGGGUAGCAGUAAUUGAUGGAAAUAUACCGUACUUUUCCGUGUAUAAGACUAGUUCCCCCCCCCUUUAAAAUAAUGCCAAGAAGUGGGGGUCGUCUUAUACAUGGGAUGUGCAUAGAGUGGACGUCUUAUUGAUUGCUGCUGUGGCUGUCAGUGGCUAUCGUGUGUGUCAUUAGUUGCUGCAUCAAUGGGAAUGGGUGUUGUUGAUUGGCCGAUGCUGCGGCAAUAGGGCAGGCGAUUUGCAGGCGAGGGGAGAGAUGGGAAGGCGGAUUUUGCAAUGUGUGCAGGUGAGCGAUUCUCAGCAUCCCCCCCCCAAAAAAAGCUCAACCAUCCUCAGUAAUCCACCCUCCCAAAAAAACUCAACAACUUUUUAGCAUCUCCCCCCUUUUUCUGAAAUUUCAGUCCUCCAUAAUAGGGGGCAUAUUAUACAUGGGGAUGUCUUAUAGACAGAAAAGUACGGUAUAUAUUUAUUUAUUUCGGUCAAUAACCAGUUGAAAUGGAUGUGGGAACAGCAACUGGUCCUCCCUCUUCCCAGGAAUGAAGGAACGUGAAAUAUACUCGGAGUCGAGAGUGGAUUUCAUGCUCUUUAUUCAGCUCAUAGUGGUGAGGAGGAAUGGAAGUUCCCCCACAAUAUCUGCUUUAUAUACAUUAUUUACACAAUGGGCUGCACGUGAUUGGCUAAUUCCAGGAUUCUCCUGUAGGCCAAUCAGGUUGUGGAUUCACUUCCACCUGGAGCUGGAUUGGGUGGCUCCUGCAGACCAAUCAUACUGCUGCAUUGUUCUAGGACCAAUCAGACUGCUGCAUUCUGAAUCCUAUUGUUCUAGGACCAGUCAGACUGUUGCGUUUUGGAUCCUAUUGUUCUAGGACCAAUAAGAUUGCUGCAUUUUGGAUCCUAUUCAACUCAGUACAUAACAGAACGAUUUGCACGUAUCUCGUGCUCUUAACUUAGAGUGCCCAUCACGAACAAAUGCACUUCUGUGGAAGAAGCCUCUCAUUAUGAUAGCCUACAAAUCUCAACGGCCGUUAUCUGCAACUCCAUCAGCUAAGCUCCCCCACCCACUUCAUCUCCAAGUCACACCAGACAUUUAAAGCACUCGUAUGUCACUUUGACAGCUAGAGUUUCCCCCAAAGAAUCCUGGAUACUGUAGUUUGCUAGGCUGCUGACCCUGCAAGACCUGUAAUUCCCAGCAGCUCCUCAGCUUCUCCCUGAGUGACAUAAGAGUGCUUCAGAUAUAUGGUGUUGAUGUGACCAACAUUGCCUUUCUUCACACAGAAAACUUUCCCUGCCACUUUCCUCCCUGUGCUGUUCCUUGUUCUUUUUUUGCAAAUGUUGUACUGCUUUUAUAUUUUAAUAGAGUGAACCCACACAGAAAUGGUAAGCCCUGACUGUUAUCUCUGAUACUGGGGUGAACUGCAAAUAAACUCAAGUCAGAAAGGAUCCUUGGAUUGGCUUUGGGUUGUUGUUUUUCCCCUUUCUCUAGGGCCAGUUGUGGCAGGAGUUGUGGGAACAAAAAUGCCCCGGUACUGCUUAUUUGGGGACACCGUCAACACAGCCUCCAGGAUGGAGUCCACCAGUGAAGGUAACAAAAACAGCAGCAACUGGCAAAUCUCUGUGAGAAUUAAUGAAAGAUGAGCUGAUGACAUUUCAGGUGGGCCACUGCAGAGAUCUAGGGACACGGGUGGCACUGUGGGUUAAACCACAGAGCCUAGGACUUGCUAAUCAGAAGGUCGGCGGUUCGAAUCCCCGCGAUGGGUGAGCUCCUGUUGCUCGGUGCCUGCUCCUGCCAACUUAGCCGUUCGAAAGCACAUCAAAGUGCAAAUAGAUAAAUAGGUACCGCUCCAGCAGGAAGGUAAACGGCUUUUCCGUGCGCUGCGCUGGUUCUCCAGAAGUGGCUUAGUCAUGCUGGCCACAUGACCCGGAAGCUGUACGCUGGCUCCCUCGGCCAAUAAAGCGAGAUGAACGCCGCAACCCCAGGGUCGGUCAUGACUGGACCUAAUGGUCAGGGGUCCCUUUACCUUUACUACUGCAGAGAUACUUAUGUUUUUGUGUUGAUUGGGGUUGAGUGGGUGAGACCAAAGCAGGUGGAUUAGUUUCCCCUCUUUCGGCCACUCCUUUCCCUCUCCCUCUUUUUUUAAACACUUCUCAAGAUUCCUUGGGGUGGAGUUUACAUGCAUGGUGUGUACUCAACCCAAGUCUUUGCCCUCUUCACUGUGAUAGCCCCUCAUCUUUCUGUUCUCCAGGCUAAACAUACCAAGUUCAUCCAAUCUUUCUGCCUAGUUCUUUCUAGCACUGACCAUCUUUGUUGCUGUCCUAAGCAAGACUGCAUGGAAUUGUCUUUGCGGGGUGGAAGGGUCAAGUUUUCCAACAUUUCUCCAGUGAAAAUAGGGAUGCCCAGUGAUAUUUUUUCUAGAAAAAGAGGUGCCGGAACCAGGGCCGGAUUUAGGUUUGAUGAGGUCCUAAGCUACUGAAGAUAAUGGGGCCCUUUUGAUGUCCAGCUGUCUUUUGCCAACAACAAUUUGCCGCUGUUUUUUGUGUUGAAUAUAUGCUAUAUGGUAAUUUAUGGACCUAAUAGGUAUCUAAAGCCACUUGCACAUAACAAAUAGGAGCCUACACAACACAAAACACUGUUGUUGUAUGUAGUUUUUAUUUUAUUUGUUUUUUAUCUUAUAUUUUAGAAAUGUACAUCCAGGUGUUUUUUCUUUAAAUUUUUUUGGCGGCCCCAAGAGAGUGGGGCCCUAAGAUAUAGCUUGUUUAGCUUAUACAUAAAUCCAGCACUGGCCAUAAUUCACCUCUGGCACCUCCCUUGUUCUCUUAGAAUGGCGCCCACCUGAGAGGUGCCAGAACUGAAUUCCGGUAAGUUCCGGCAGGAAAAAAAGCCUGGGGGGGUACUUCAUACUCUCCAACAUUUCUCUGAUGAAAAUAGGGAUGUCUUAAGGAAAAGCAGGACAUUCCAGGGAUCCCAUCAGAAAUAGGGACAAUUUCUCUACUGGCCAACGGACUGUACUUGAAAAACAGGGACACUUGGAGAGUCUGAACUUGUCAACAGCUAUAAGGAGAUGGGAAACACUAUCAUUAAUUCUUAGUUGACACAGUCAUGGACACAUUCCAAAAUGCCUCAGGCAGAAGCCACAGACCUCAGAGUUCGCCUGUGAGUCCACUGGCAGGACUGUAGCAGCAAAUGGCAGAAACGAGAUUGGGGGAGAGAUAUCUAUGUCUAAGAGGCCAUUGCUCAGUUUCUACAGCAAGUUUUUCUUUGAAAAGGGAAGCAGGGCUCAUAACAGUGCUGUAGCUGAAUGUCUCUUUUCCUUCUAGCCCUCAAAAUACAGUGCAGUUCAAAUACAUACCAGCUGUUGGAACAGAUUGGAGAGUACAUAUUGGUGUGCCGGGGGAAUUUGCAAGUCAAGGUAAAUAGGAAACGUUUGUGUUCAGGCUUUCCCGAAGGGGAAAUGAGUGGCAGUCCUUUGGAAAGCUUUUGCUUUAACCCCUUUGGAUUGGCUGGCCUCGAGUCUGCUCUGAAUCUUGAGCAUCAUUCAUUUCUGGUCUGCUCCUUAGGGCACAUUUGCACUGUGUAAAGUGACUCAAGUCUUAAUGCCUCUCCCAAGAAACCCUGGGAACAGCCGUGAUAUUGAAAGUUACCAGCCUAGGGCCUAAUUUCUGCCUAAGUUCUCCAGGACCUAUUUUUAUCCUGAAGACUUGAAGUCCCAGAAGAUGCAAAGCUGUAAUAUAGAGGAAAGUGGGUUUGAGCAGAGUUUCACCUCACCAGUGGGUAACUAGAACAUCUAUGCUUAUUCCAGUGCAGAUGGAAAGUGCAAACAUAUUUCUGUUAGGGCCGCCUCCAGCUUUGAAUUUUUAGCCAAUUAACCACUGGCCUUUUUGCAGUUUGAUUAAAUAUACAUAUACGUUUCUGAGAUACUGUGUUUCUGAGGUACUGCAGAAAGUAUGAGGCAGGCAUAGGCAAACUCGGUCCUCCAGAUGUUUUGGGACUAUGAUUCCCAUCAUCCCUGGCCACUGGUCCUGUUAGCUAGGAAUCAUGGGAGUUGUAGUCCCAAAACAUCUGAAGGACCGAGUUUGCCUAUGCCUGGUAUAAGGUAACAGUCCAUUUAGUAAACAAAAGCUGCCACUUAUGGGUCUGGUUUGCAUGUAACACUAGGCUAUGUAACACUAUGGUUUGUGCUGGCAGCCUGUGGGAAAACUGUAAUGGGAACUAAGCCAUGGUUUGGAUUAGCAUUAUGCCAUUCCAGACGAACCACAAGCUGAAAUCAAUGUCGGGCUUUGGCUGGUGGUUUGCUUGGGUGAGACAAGCCAUGACCUUCGGUUACAUGAUUUCGUCACAGCAGACAGCAAGAUGAAUGAAGUUGCUUUUGACAGAAGAUAAACUGCAGUGGAACAGAAACAGUUCUGUAUGAGAUGGAUACGAGCUGGAACGGAAAAAAAGAUGCAUUUUUACAUCCCUGGUCCAUGCUAUGCCAUACUUUAGUGCUUUGCGUGAACCAGGACAUUAUUAGACAGAAGGACAGUGACGUAGCGUGGGUUGCCAGCAUCUGCAGUCCCGGGGGGAGGGAGGGAAAUGGAUGGAGAGAUGCGCAUGCACAUUCAACUACCGUAUUUUUUGACCAUAACACUCACUAUUUUCCUCCUAGAAAGUAAGGAGAAAUGUCUGUGCGUGUUAUGGAGCGAAUGCCUACGGAUGGCGGGGGGAUCUGCUGCAGUUGUGAGCAGAGGAUCCAUGGUUCCCCUUCCUUCCCUCCUCCGUGGCUCACUUUGAAACAGCAAAGCAGGAGAAGAACCGCUGAGUGGGGAGGAGAGGGACAGAGAGCCUGCUUGCUUUAAAGGAGCAAAGCAGGAGAGGAGAGGAGCCUUCUCCUCUUAUACCCCUCUUCUGCAUUAUUAACAGCAUCCUUCUCCACCCACCCCACGCGUGUUCCUUGUCCCUUGAGUGCUUUUCCUUCCCUCCCCCCCUCACCGCGUGGUUACAAAGCACGGAUCCACAUGGAUCCUCAGGAUUUUUGCAUUGGGCUACCCCAAACUCACCGUCAGAUCACAAGUCUGUGGCCACAGCAUGAACCACAAAAAUCAUACAUCCACUGUUUCGUUUAGAAUAUUUUUUUUCUUGUUUUCCUCCUCUAAAAACUAUGUGCGUGUUAUGGUCGGGUGCGUGUUAAAUACAGUACAUAACAGCGAAAAAUACGGUACAUAACAGCAUCUGCCUCACCCAGGACAUUGCAGCUGCAGAGAGAGGAAAAGAAGAGUCGUUCCAUUGUCUAAAGAGGUCACUUCUUGGUUCACAUGGAGAAGCCAUUUUCAAUGGAGCCCAGUGAAGGAAGUACACAGCUGUAUUGGGGCAGCACUUUUCUCCCGGGGCAACUGCCCUGUGCCUUCACCCACCCCACCCCAUGCUACACCACUGCAUGUAUUUCACCCAAAAUUGAAACCUCAGAACAGUACCCUCAAAACAGAAACACUUGGUUCCAGUGCACAAAAUUUAAAAAGGGGGGAGAGAGGGGUGGUUCCAUUCCAAACUGAGCAAAACACAACGGUGUCCAUUGAAAAGGAUGGCAUUUUGGCCCACUUUGAGAACAGAUCUUGAAUUGCAGCCCUGCUCAUUAAAAAUGGAGUUCAGGUCAAAGUUGUUAACCUUUCCUGGGGAAGGAAAGCCCUGUUUUUUGGGGGGAGGGGGGUUCAGGUCAAAGAUGUUGAGCCUUUUUUAAGGAGGAGGAAAGCCCUGUUUUUAAGGGUUUGGGGGGAGAAAGAGGAACAGCCACUCACCAACAAAUUGCUGGGGAGACAAACAGCCUCACUGAGUAAACUCCGUCUUCCAUUCUGCAGAUUGUGUGACAAUGGAGGGCAGGGCAAGGGGGCGGUAGGGAAAGGGGCCCAGCGAUCGACCGCAAUCUACCAAAACCUCCCAGCAUCUACCAGUAGAUCGCGAUUGACCUGUUGGACAACCCUUCUCUAGUGCAAUUGAAAUAAAGCAACGGGGGGGCUAGCCAUGCCUCUAUUUUAGUGCUGGUAUUUGCUCUCAGGUGUAAAGUAUUGCUGACACCAUUGAUAAAUUGUACUAUUACGUUUCUUUCUAGGGGAAAGGUGACAUGAUAACAUAUUGGCUGGAAGGAAAGAAGUCUAGCGCAACUCAAAAGAAAGCUCUAAGCCCUUCCACAACCUCUCAGACUCUUAACCAAAGUACUUGCAGUAUCAUCCCAGGUGUUAUAUAA